ACUUUUCUACAUCCAACUGAUUUCAAUAUAGAUUCCAACCAGUUGAUCGUGUUAUCAGCACGUGUAAUGUCAGUCUUUGUAAUAACAAUACAAAAUGGAAGUCUAAGUGCCAAUGCUAAAUCCAUAUGUUCUUUGGUCAUGUCUAAUUGAGUUGGACUAGAAACAGUUACAGCUGGACUACUGACAACCAACAUAACAUGAUGUGGACAAUAUCCACUCAAACCAGCCACGGUUGUUUUAAGAUAUUUUUUAUGUCCUGCUAAGUCGAGAAAUGUUAUCAAUUUUGAUGAACGAUCUCUAAUCUCUUCGGCUGUUCGAGCUUUCUGAUAAUUUAUAACAUCGCCCUACAAACAAAAAAUGCAAUAAAUAGUAAUGACACUAGAUAAUAAAUUUGAAUAACAUUUAAAUUACUUCAGUAUCGAAACCAAGAAUUUCAUGUGAAAUAGAAGAAGUUCGACCUGAUCGAAGUUCAUGUAAAUGUCUCAAAACAUUUAACCGUGCACUGCCACGGCCAUUAUCAAACUCGCCAUGUGCCAAAACACCCAGUAAUGUUGAUUUACCAGCAUCUGCUCCUCCUAAUACAGCAACCAUGACUUCUAAACAUUCUUGAUCAUCAGGAAUCUAUAAAUUAUACAUUAUAAAACCCAAAUGAAAAAUUUUACCUUCUAUUUUAUUAUUAAUUGACAAUUUUAGAAUGUCAUAUUAAAUUUACAUUUCCCAUACAUACUAAAACAAUAUUUUUGAUUUAAGAAUUUGCUAUGUUCACUGAGAACAUUAUAUUUUAAUAUAAUUAAUCAAUAAUAAAUUAUUAUGAAAAAUGAAUAUAAUCAAAACAAAUUAAGGAUUUUUUGUUAACUUAAAAAAAUAUGCGAAAACAAAAAUAUAUUUCAUCAAUCAAUAAUAUGUACAUGUAUUGGUAUGUCAGAACUAUGAGACUUUUAGGGAAAAAAAGAGACUUCAAUGUUAAAAACGAAUGUCGUUUUUGUAUAAUUUUAUGGAAACAAACAUUUCAAUCUAAUAGGUACUAUGAAACAAUGAUAAUUAUUACUAUUAUACAAUUUCAAGUUACAACCUAUAACAUUUACAUAUCCAUAUUGUGUAUAAUCAAAAUUUUACAUAAAUUCAGUUUGAUAAAAAUGUUUUUCCUAGAACAAUGAAUUCCACUGUAUUUUGUAUGUUUUUGCAUAUUCAGCAAUUUUAUAUUCUAAGAAAAGCAAGAAACAUAUUUAUAUUUAUUUUUAUAUUAGUUUUAUUAUGUUUUUUCUGUUUGUAAAUGAGUAUUCGACCAAAAAUCUUACAACAAUCAUCACAUUUUAUUAAGUUAGUUUAAUUGGAGAAUAUAUAUUUUUUUCCUUUGACUUGUCUUAAUAAUGAAGUAGUUUUCUUUUUCUUUAAAAUGUUCAAAUGUUUUUAAAAUAUGACAUUAAAUAUAUCACUGGCGUGUGUUAUAAGUUCUCAAUAUUAUUUAUAGAAAUAAUAAGCAAUAAUAUAAAGUAAAAUUAUCAUGUUUAAUAAACUUGAAAUAUAUUUAUUAGCUUAUAAUGAAUCAUAUUUUAUUUUUAAGAUAAAUAAGAAUAAUUAUAGCUCAUAAUUUAUAUUACAGAGCUAAUAAAUCCAAAAACAAUAAUCAUAUCAGAAAACAGCUAAAAGAUAAGUGAUGAUAGUAAUAAUAUGUUUGUAAAUAUUAAUGGUAUAACAAAUACAUAUUUGUGUUAUUAGUACACAAAUAAUAAAUAUUUAAUUUUAAAUUCUUAUAAUGGAAUUAUAAAUCUGUGACAAACUGAUUUAUUACUUUUUGUUGUUGUUUAAUAAAUAUGUCAAUAGUUCUAGUAUUUAUUGUAUAUCUAUUAAAUUAUUAUCAACAUUUAGUAAGAUAUACCAGAGAUUUAUCAAAAUCAGUUGAGAAUUCUUUGUUUUAUGUUAAUAUUAUAUUUUUCAUAAACAAUAAAGUAAAAACGAAAAUUGUAUUAUUAAAAUGUUUAAUACUCGUAAAUAAAUAAAUAAAUAAAUAAAAAAUGUAUGUAUAAAAAUAAAAUUAAAAAAAUGAAUGAAUGUGUUGCUUGGAGUAUUAUAUAACCGGUUUCGAAUUAAAAAUUCAUCACUAGAUAAAUCACAGUAAAAAUGUAAAACUACUAAUUUUGUCUGUGAUAUAUCUAGUGAUGAAUUUUUAAUUCGAAACCGGUUAUAUAAUACUCCAAGCAACACAUUCAUUCAUUUUUUUAAUUUUAUUUUUAUACAUACAUUUUUUAUUUAUAUAUUUAUUUACUAUAUAUUUUUUUUCACAAACACCAUACAAACUAAAAAUCUAUUAAAUACAAAAAUUAUUCUAAUAAAAAAAAAUGUAUAAUUGUAUAAUCAUCAUAAAUUUUUUUAUAUACAUGUAUAAACUACAAUAUUUACAUGACAAUUUUCUCGAAGUAUGAUGAUUUGACCUUCAUUUUAACAGUAAAUGCCUAUGUCACGACAAAAAAAAACUGCUGAUGAUAAACAAUGUUAUAGUUAAAAACCGUUUACAACAAUAGUUAAAUGUUUCAUUUUUAUGUUUUCUAUAAAUACUUUUUUUAUUUUUUGUAAGAUAAAACAAAACUGUGUAAUAAUUAUGGCAACAGAUCUCAAGUGCUAGUAUAUACAGAGUGAUGAAUAAUACAAAACCUUGAGAUUUAUUUCAAAUCAACAAUAAAAAUGCAUGGGUUUACAUUUUUAGAAUAUUAGGUAAUUAAUUAAGUAGGUACUAUAUAAAUGAAACUAUGUAGGUACACAUUUGUAAUAAUUUAUUCAUUAACUUAUUUAUAUCUUAAUUAUUCGGACUAGCCAAAAAUGAUGACAUUUUUUCAAACUUUAAAUUAAAGGAACUGCCUAAUUAAAUUUUAAAAAUAAAUUCACAAUUUUUUUUUUUUCAUUCAGAUUAAUUCCAAAUUACACUUUACAAAUAAUAUUGGUUUGUUUUAGAGUUUAAGGUUUAGAUGAUACAUCGGUUGGCGGUUACCACUUAUAUUUUGACUUACCUAUAUUUAUUAACAAAAAUGUUGUAAGCUCCCUUAAUCAUGUAUUAUAUUAUAUGCACCACUAUUAUACAACCAUGUCAAUAGUCGUUUCCUGCAUUUAUCAUACACAUUACCACCGCCACCUACUAGUUCAUUCUAUCAAUACAACAUUAGCAGCAAAUAGUUAUGCUGUAAACAAUUCUUUCACACAAAUUGUUUACAUCACUUUUGAAGCUACUGCCUACAUUUGGAUAUAAGUAACUCACUAUAAAAUAAUCUUACAAACAAAUUUUAAUCGAAAAUCAAUGAGUCACCUAUAAUGCUAUAUCACUAAUGACAAAUAAUUGUUUAACCAUCGAUAUUACUAUAGGUUAUGAUUAAUUACUUAACAAUUAAUAUUGAGUAUGGAUAGGAUAUAAAAACCUUUCGGACUAAAACUUCAGCGACCAUUUUGUCUUUUCUGACAGAUCUCUCCCGUAAUACCGAAGUAGUAGCACCAAGUUUGUGGGCCAUUUCGUCCAGAGUGAUCAGACUAUAUUUCAUGUCGUCUGCAGACAGUCCAGUCAGCAUACCUGUGUCUUCAACGCCAAUCUCGUAGAUAGCCUCGCCGUGUCCCUCUCUGAGGCGCCAUUUCAACUAUAACGACCCGUUGAAGUAAUAAUAUAAGUACAAAUACAAUAGUCCAUCAUAAGUGACAAAACUAUAGAAACAUUUUUUUUUUUUUUUGUUUCAGUAAACCGACAGUAGGUGAUAGGGGAUCUGUAUGAACAUUAUUACACCCAUAAGUCUCAUUGUUUAUUGGAAAAAAAAAAAAGAAAAUAAGAAGCUAAGUAUAUGACUAAUACUUGCCUGUGUGACCAGAUGUUCAAAACGUAACUUGGACGGAUUGAUCAGUUUGAGUUUGUACUCAACGUUUCCCAUUUGAGGUUCGGGAGGCAAUCGCAUAUCGUCGUUGUCCACGGGCCAUACGUCGCAGUUGAUCGGGGGACUGGUGCCCGGAUCGAAGAGAUCCAAAAACGAAUCCAUUGCUCCGUAUACGACUGUGGGUCACUGCUCUGACUCGGAAAGUAAAACCUUUCGAACGUUAGUCGCUAAUGACCUUUUACGACGUUGACGGCGCCGUGCCAUCAGUCGGACAGGUACGCGACACAAGAAGCGAAAGGCCGUUCACGAUAACUCGGAUAUCGUUCCCGCGAAAAUAUUUUGCACGAAAACAACAAAAUUUAUUUAUAAACAAAAACGCUUAAGGUCAUCACUCACCAGCUCGUCGGCCGCCCGACGUUCGGAUCAUAUAUAGAUAAAGAACAUUGUGUUGAUCGCGCGUCGCACAGCUGCCGCUGUAGCUUUUAUCACUUAUCUCUGCGACAAGGAAAAUCGAUGAUACGCCGUUUCAAGGUCGACGCACGGGAUCAGAUGUUUUUUUUUUAUUCAGUUUCAGCAGUUUUCCUUACCAAACCAGUAACCGCACGCGCAUACACGAAUACACAUACACCUACAUUAUAUUAAACCGCGGGCAAUUAUAGACCGUGUGGAACUUCUUGUCGAAAAAAAAACAAAGUGAGGUAUCUGCAGGAUACACAACACUAAACCGGAAACUCGGCCGACCCCGCCGGAAAACGGUCAAUGUACGCUUACUCGGAUUUUGGGUUCGGAAUAGGAAAAUUGAACAGAAAAAAAAAAAAAUAAAUAAAAAUCAUGAUCCGAUCCGGUGGUAUUGCAUGCGACAGCUGGUUUGUGAUUAAUAACACGUUACCCGUUCGUUUCGUGACCGUCUUACCGUCGGUAGGUACCUAUAGGUAUAAUGCGCGGCCACCGCGUUAGCAGACCGCGGAGAGAAAGGCCGCCGCCCCGCAAAUCGACUGCGAUGCAAUAUUAUUAUGUAGCCGGUGUCUGCGAUACGCCGUGCGGGUUUCCACCGCACCGAUGGCGAAACCGAAUACACGACGCAGGUGCCUAGCCACCGGGGCAUUGUGUCCACAUUUUUUCGGUUGUAUAAUAACGAACGGUAUACGAGGUAACUGGGUCGCAGGACACGACGCGGCACGCGCAUUAUUACCCACUACAACAUAAUACAGCUACCUUUUAUUAUUAUGUAAAAUAAUAACAAUAAUAAUGUGGCGAGUACGGUAAAAGUCGUGCGCCGUGAUAUUGUGUAGCAAAUCGAAUGUACAGGGCAGAUGAGCGUUUAUAUGCGGCACCGGCGACGUGCAUAAAUCAUUGUGUUGAUCAAAAUAAAUUAUUAUUAAAUAAUACGGGAAGAAAAAAAAAUAAUAAUAAAAAUCCCCGUUGUGAAUUACGUAUUGCGCGCGCGUUUAAAAUAUAACAUGCUCCGUUGAGCAUUAGGAUUCAUUAAUCUAAUAAAAAAACGAAAUAGAAAUAUUUUACCUAACAUUUACAUAAUAGAAAUAAAGUUACAAGGUUACAUCUAAUGACAUAUAAAAACACCCCCGCCCCCUUGGAAAAAAAAUUAUGGCCACGCCACUGGGUACCUCAUAUCGUUAAGGAAACCCCUAUAAAUGUAUCGCGUGUAUUAGUAUUUUACUUUUAGUUUCUAGAUAUCCCGGUACCAGUAUUAUUAUUUUAUCAUUUUUAAUGCAUAUUUAAGCGCUUAUAUACAUGUUUUUACGAGCAUAAUAAUGCGCUUAUAAUAUACCAUUUUUAGAACUACAAUGUAGCUACGAGACCUGCCAAUAACCAUUGUCGUUAGUUUCCAUGAAAAAGAAAAAAGAUUAAUAUUUUUCAAUUAUUAUAUACAGAUUCAUAAUAAUUUUUUUCAAGUACCUAUUAAUUUAAGAGUACAACGGGACAUUUUUCUUAAUUUGUUUUUAUCUGUGCUAAUUUUCGUGGAGUUUUUUUCUAGUAGGUACCUAUGUUUUGGGUUCCUCAAUUCAAUAAUAUAGGUAGGUAUCAGGUGAGAUUACGAACGCGGUCUGAAAAAAAGUAUCGAAAAACGUUUCUUAAACUUUUGUUCGUAUCUCUUUGCAGUAAGGCAUAAAGAGUACCUAAUGGAGCAUGUACCUAAUCUAUAAUCCAAAGGAGCGUAGGAACUAUUUUUUCCAUUGCGAGGAUUAAAAAUAAAAGGAUGCAAUAUGAUUGAGAACGCUCGAAAUGGAAUACAAUGAAAUAGUCGCUUACCCAAAAACACAGUACUAUUGAUAACGAAAUUAUGUGCAACAUUGCCGAACUAUAUUCAAGUCAAAAUUCAUAAUUGAUAAAAAAUGUAUAUAACAUUUGUAAUAAAACGGUAUUUGUGAGAGUUUACAUUUUUGCUAUAUUCAUAAGUCUUGGUUAUUUUCCAUUUUAUUUAAGUAUGAAAAUAUAAACGUAAAAUAUUUCGCACAUAAAACGCAUAAUCCGGGAAACUACGCACUGAGUAAAGAAAUAGACAUAGACACGUAAGUAUAUUAACAAAUAAAUGUAUAUAUUUAUAUAUCUAUGGUUGCAAACAAUUCGUUAUCGUUGUAUUUAUAAUUUAUAUAGAUUAUCAUUAUUGAUGGAUUCAGUAAUAUUCUUUCCCAAACAAUAGGUAAUUAUUAAACUUGAUUACGAUACAAGAAAUAUAUUAAGUCGAAGCAUACUUUUUAUCUAUAUUUUGAUUAAUCAAUGGUUGAAUUUUCACAUUACUACAUUUGGCAACGUUGCGUGGAAUUAUAAAAACUUGGUGUUCUCAAUCGCAAUAGUAAAAAAAGAUCUAAAAAAAGUAUCGACGAUAAUGACCGUUCUCAAUCGCAUGUCUGCCGAAAAUAUAGAAGAUCUAUAUUGUGUCUCUUCCUGAGGCCCGUGAUUCCCCCCUCCCGAGAGUAAUGUCUUAACGUCCUAUCGUGCAAAAAUUAAAUAAAUGCAAAAUUUAACCAUAGUAGUGACACUUGUAGUUCCUACUAAAUUUCUCAUAAUUUACUCAUCUACCUACUUACUUAAUUGGUGAUAAAAUGAGAAAAUGAAAAUCUGAACAAUAAUUAUUUAUCUAUAAAAGUUCUAAAAAAACAUUUUUCGAUUACUUAUACAACUUAUAGUUUGAUUGCUUGAAAUUUUAAAAAUUGAAACAUUGGUCUAAAACACAUUCCUUAUAAUUAAUGAUAUUGGUAACUAAUUUAUUUGUUUUUCAAUACUGCCUUUAUUCAACUCAAUAUCAUCGUUUACAAAGUUCAAAUACUUUUUAAAAAUUUCAAAUAGUAUUUUAUUCGAACAUUUUUAAAAUUGACUUUACUUAACAAUAAUAAGCACCUAAUAACUAUUAUAAUAAGUCAUUGCUAAAAAAAGUGGUACGUUGGUAGAUUCCUGUAAUGACUAAGUUUGAUUUAAUCAACCGCAUAGGUAUUAGUUACCAAGUUACACCCGGUAGCUUGUAAUAAUAACCUGUAUGUAUUUGCACGUUACCUAAGGUCCUAGGCACAUAUUAUACCAUUAUUUUUCUUCUUCUUCGUUGUUUCUCUCGAUUAGUGUUAAACUGGGUAGGUACGUCUAACCUUAGAGAACAUAUUCAAUGCAUGUUUAUAAUAUACCUACUAACUAGUAAAAACAUGUAAUAAAGACCGGGCCUAGCCCGAUCCGUCCGGGCUCUUUAAAUUUAAAUCCGGGCCGGGCCGGGCCGUGCUUUGUGUUAUAAAAACAUGCUGUCAAUGUCUUACAUUUUUAAUUUUAACCUAAUACCACCAGUUCUACGAGGAUACAACCGGCGUUGUGGUUAUUCGAAAAUGACAAGAAAAAAAAUCGGGGACCGGACUUUUAUAGGAAUAAUACUCGGGGUUGUCCUCACCGGUCCGGGACGGAAGGUACUCACACAUACCAGCCCGCCACACCAAUCAACUCUACGGGCGGUAUCCCGAGCUGUUUCUCGCUCAUUCACCGUCCGCAGCCGCCGUCACGUACUUUAAGAAAGGCAUGGCUUAUUUACGGUGAAAGACACACUAGUACGCUAUCUAAAGGCAAUACCUACCUGGCUUAAGCUAACUAGAUACGGCUGUGUCUAAUUUUUGUCGGAGUCUAGCACUCGAGCGGACCCAACAGUUGACCGCGAAACUUCGACACUCGUUAGCUCCGUUCUCUUUGUGGGAGAAUAGUCGGCGCGAAUCACUAGAGUGCCAUGAGAGACCGGGGCGACGCUGCCAAAUUGGCGGCGCUCCAUGGCCUUCGGAUACAGGACUUCAGUUAGAUGUUAGAAUGGGUACGCGCCAAUUCUUGAGAGAAGUGUCGACAAUCGAGUUAUGUUCAGCAUGAUAGCUAAACCGAUCGAUUGUUUUACUCGAUGUACCGCGACACUCGCCGCGUACGAUUUCGUUCCACCGUAGAGGAGUCUCAGUGCAGAUGCUCUGACGUUUAAAACGGUCGAGGAUGACACCAAAGUACUUCACCUGUGACACAAAUUUUAGCCCUAUUCAUCUGAAUCUGCGUCGGGUAUUUGAUAACUAUAGGGCUUUGAUUUUUUCCACGGAGAAACUGAGUUUAGUUUCGCUUCUCCUACGCGUAAUGGACACUAGAGAACGCUCGAUCAACUUUGAACUUGAUCGCAGGUCGAAAAUAGGCCUCCACUACGACCGCCCCGGCAUCUGACAUUCUAGCAUGGGAGUACUGAGUAGAUCAUAAAAAACGAGGUUCCACAUAAUAGGCACCAGGAUUGAUCCCUUGGGACAACCCUUCUAGAUAUUUUCGACUACUAGUCUCAUGUCGAAACACCGCGCGGCGACCCGACAGAGUUAUAUAAUAAUAGUUAAUAAUGUUAUGCAGGUCUGACGGGAUGUCACGAUGACGCAAUGCCACCAAGCGUUGUCGAAGGCUUCCCGAAUGUCGAAAAACACAACAGUAUACUUAGUUGUUGUAGUUCUCUAAAGCAUCUCCGGGCGCGACAGACGAUCCCGCGAACCGUUUUGAUCUUCACGGUCCACCAAGGGUUGAGCUUUGAACUGAACUUCUGGGAGACAGGCAUGGAAACUUCGCAUGCCCUAACGAGGGCACUUGAAAACGUCGACAAUGCAAAUUCAACCUUAACUCUGAGAAUUUCAACGAGUGUCGAGAGGUUCUCCUCCAGACUAAUCCAGAAGACGUUCCAAUCAUCACGAUUCUCAACAUGUCGGCCUACAAUAUCUUGAACAGCCCCGCAAUUCCCGUGAAAGCCAUAUGACAAGGUGAUCGCAUGGUGGUCGUAGUCAUCUUUACGAUACGUGUACUUCCCAAUCCUCGAUUUAUCGUGGAUUAGUUGUAAGGGCAAUGUCUAUAUUGGUAGACCCAAUAGGUUGCCAAAAAUAUUUUGACUUACAACUCUCAUCAAAAGCUUACAUGAAAUAGGUCACAAAUUAAAAUAAGUAUUGUUAUGAGGCCUUAUACUCGAGUACGGUGUAAUAAUUGGGCAUCUCCACUUUAAGUGUGUCCACCUUUGCAUUGAGCACGUACAAAAUACAUUUUUUCCGUAUGCUGAUUUCCGACUAAAAAUUGAGUAUCUCUAGCACGACUAUUCACUUAUCCGCUUUACUCUUGUAAUUUCUACCCUUCUUUCUCGUCAGGUUAAGGCUAAUACUUAAUUUAUCUCAUCUCUUCUAGGCGGUACCAUCGACAAUCCAGAUAAGAUCAGCCAUUUCUUUCCGGAUCCCCUCCUACUUCAUUUGCUUUUGCCUCACAACCCUUAUAAGCCUAAUCACCUUCUACAUCGUUUUCUGCGUCUUCUCAUCUCAAUGCUGCUUGGUCUGGGUCACCACCACUCAUUCCAUUUAGAUUUAUGUUACUCCUUUGUUGUAUCACCUAUAACUUUAAUUUAGUCUCGUCUUAAGUUAAACAUGUCACAAUUGCCAGCUUUGGCGUUAUAAGUUUAAGAUUAUACUAUAAAUAAAUAAAUAAACCAUUAAAAUAUGAACAAAAAUUAUUAAACUAUAAAAUUAAAAUAAAAAAAAUAUCAAACAUUUAUGUAAUUACAUGUAGUUUAAUUUGGCGUGAAGAGUAUAUUUUCCCCUUGUAGGUUUCCCUAGUAAUUAAUAUACAAUAUGUUAUACCUAUGUAUACUUGGGUAACUGCCGUACUUAACGAAUGUCCACCGAACAUAAUAUAUUUUAAAUGCUGAUAUUAUACAUAAACAUUAAGUCACACUAAUUAAGACGAAACUAUCGAACUGCAUAGUAAAUAUGUAUAUGUAUUAUAGCCAUUAUAGUUACUAUAACUAUACAGAGUGUUCCAUUAAUGUGGGUAGAUUCAUUAUCUAAGAAAAUAUUAACUUUUUUCGGACUUUGUUUUAUAAAACAUUUAAGAAACAAGCAACUAUACAUACAACUUUACAUUUGUUAUUUUAUGUCACCCUUAUUUUUGUGUAUAAAACCAUAACCUACUUUCUAUUCUAAAAUAGCAACAUAUAUUAAAAAUUCAAAAAUAGACGGAUUAUUAGUUAAAAUAGAUUUUCAUCUUAAAAUUUUUUGUUUUCAUCAGACCUUGACGAGAUAUUUCACUUUUAAAUUUUAGUCGGGGAAAAGUAGUGCAGCAUCUAUUGCACAAUUGUGUGGUGGGCACAGUUUGCAGCAAAUAAUAAUGCACAAUAUAGUUUAUGUUCUAUAUAGCAGAAAUCCAAAAAAAUUAAUACUUUCAAAAGUGUAUAUACUCACUUAAAUCGAAUAGUCUGUAUAGCUAUUUAAAUAGACACCAAGUACCUAAAUAUAUUAAUAUGUAUGACUACACACUAAUUAAAACUGUAGGUAUGUAUUUUUAUAAUUACAUAUGUAUGUACCUAAUUGAUAUUGUAAUAAUGCGCCCGAUAUGAAGGGGAAUAGAAUUCAUUGUAAUAUUAGAUAAGGAUAGGCAACAAAUGACAACUGAACAAAUAGUAAUUCUGCUAAAAGAACAUAUUAUAGAAAUGUAGACAUUGGAGUAAAGUAAAACCAGUUUGUACAGGACUUAUGCACUAAAAUUUGAUGAUAUAGUGAAGCACAUAAUAAAUCAUUUCUGCAACUAUUAAAAACUAAUUAAUAAUAAUUCCUAAUUGAUUUGAUAAUCAGAGAUCCGUUCUUAUUAUAUCCAGUUAGCAUUAACCAACAAUUUAUAGGUCAUUUUAAGAACCAGACUAAGUUAAUAACUGGAUUUAUGUUAAAAGAAUUACCCUGUAUUCAAUAUUGAUAAAGUAUAAUUAAAUAUUAUUUAACUGAAUAAUAACAAGAAUAAUAACUAAAAAAAUAAAAUAAAUAGCAAAAAAGUUUAUUCUGAAAUUUCAGUCAAGACCAUAUUUCAAACAUAUAGUAGGUAUCAUAAAACUAUAAUAAAAUAUCGAGUAUAAUACAUUAUUAAUCAUAUUUCAAUAAUAGCAUACAGAUAAAACAUUGAAUUUAAAGAUAUUUAAUAAAAUUAUAAUAAAAUGAUUAAUAUAGAUUAUAAAACAUUAUUAUGUAAAACAUAGAUAAUGUUGGAAUUUACCUGUGAAAUUUGUUAGGCAAUAUUUUCAAUUGAGAAUUUGAUUAUUAACAUUCUUCAUCUGGUUUUUAAUCUGUUAAAUUGAGGAACACAGUGAUUACUUUUCUACAGUAAGAGAAGUAACCAUAUUUCAAUUUUUGUUUUAAUGUACCUAUAACCUAUAUACAAAAUACUUAUAUAAGUAUUUCAAAUAUUAAUUAUAUUUCUAAGUGUAAAUCAAAAAUAUACAAGGGUAUUCACAAUUUAAGACUAUUUUUUUUUAAAAACAUUUAACAAAUCAAUGCUAAAAAUUAGAUCUAUUAAAUACUUUUUGAUGAACCGUAUACUAAGGGAUUUUAGAUAACUCAUGUUUCAAUUACUAUUAAAUAAAGUACACGUACGUAGAACAUUUUUUUAAUAUUACUAUCUGAAAUUUCCAAUAGUUUGAAAAUCUAACCAAUUUAGUUAAAUAGUGAUGAUAAAUGAAUGCAAUUUAUUUUUAUUUUAAGACACACAUAUAUGAUGCACUGAGUAUAAUUUUGUAAAAUGUAUAUAUUAAUUUCUGCCAUUAAGUAUCUCUGUUUUGUUUUAAGCAUGUAUAUAUUAUUUUAACUUUAUCUCAGUAACAUAAAAAUUAAACAUGGUUAAACUACCACUACAAAGCACAUAUAAGAAAUAUCUAUUUUUUGUGUUUUUACACCAGAUUUCCGAAAUUCAACACUUAAAGGGUUGCUGACCCAGAAUUCUUGGUAUUUUUGAAACAAAAAUGAAUUUAUUUUUUUGUUGAUUUAUAGGUUACCUUGGUAAUAUGAAUGAAAAAUAGCAAUUAUUAAUUAAUUGGUUGUCACAACAAAGAAGAGUACAUACAAAAACGUAUGUAAAAAAAAAAAAAAUGACCAUGCAAUAAUAGUAGCGACAGGGGUGGAAAUGGGAGGAUACUUUUAUACAUUUCAUUCAAUACUGUGUGCGGUCAAAGCGAACAAAGCAGUAACGGGCUAGCUAGUAAUAUAGUAUGUCAAAAAAUAUUAAAUUAUUAGCUCAUAAUAUAUUUCAUAUUAUGUACCUAUAUAAUUAAUACAAAUUGUUCAUGAUAAGUAGACUACUAUAGACACAGUCAUACCUAUUAUUAUCAAAUAUAAGAUUAGAUUAUAUUAUGUCAAAUAUAAUUAAUAAGUAAUAACAAAGACAGAGUCCAUUUUAAGAUUUUUAUUUUAGUCAAAAUUAAGAAUAAAUACUAUGAAUCAAAAAUAAUUCAUAAAAGCAGAAAUUAUGUGAAAAUCAGUUUUUAUAGAAUAUACAUAUCAAUUAUUAUAAUUAAAAUUCUUUAAAUAAACAAAAAAAUUCAGGAAUACUAAUAAAAAUGAAAAAUACCAAUUACCUUUAAGAAAUGCCUCCACCAGUAGCCUAUAAUAAGAAGUAGCCAAUAGUACUCUGUCUUAGUGAACACAGAAGUUUGAGCGAAUAGUAGGGCAUUUACUCUGAAACAUUUGUUUCCCUUCAGUUUGUUAUAAUGUAUUGUUUUAAAUAUUAUUAUUAUUAUUAUUAUUAUUAAUAUUAUUAUUAUUAGUAAUUGCACUGACUAAUACAGUAUGUAAUAUCCAAUUUGUCAAAAUCCAAUUGAAAUAAAAUGUCGUUCAUAAUAAUGCUGUAAUUGCAACAUUGUGUUGUUCCUCAAUGACCAAUAAACCGUACGUCAUAGUCUGAAAACAAAUUGUUUUUAACAUUGCGGUCUGUUAACUUCAACAAUGUUUUUGUUUAAAUAUUAUAAUUGAUGAAAACUAUGUGGCUUUUUUUCUCUAUAAAAUAAGACAAACGCAAAAUGGAUAAAACAUACUAUACUCUACUAAACAAACUGAACGUAUGUACCUAAUGGAACACAACAUGGAUACAAGCCAAUUGCUUGUAUGGCGUUCCUUAAUUCUUCAGACGUGGUUCAGUGCAAAAACAAUUAAAAUCCAUCCUGAAAGCAUUUAAGAAUCAGAGUACUUUGUUUCUACUCAAAUUAAAUAUUUAAAAAAAGUAAAUGUAUUAUAGGAUACUAUUGAAAAAUAAUUUGCACAUAACAUAGGUAUUUUAUAAAGUGUAUCGAUUAUAAUUAAUACACAAUAAAUAUUUUAAUUAGACUGUUACAUCAUUCCAGUCACUUUUGGUUCACACAAUAUUUUUAAAUAAAAUUACUACAAAUUAAUUUCAGACACCUAAUGAAACAUUCAAAAAUACACAAAAUUAAAUAUAUUAAAUAGGUAAUUAUAAUAGAAUUGUAAAAAAUUAUUUUAUAUUUAUUUUAUGUGUAAGCCACAAUUUCUCACAAAAUAUUAUAGUAAUCAGUUUUAAUUUUUUGUACCAGUAUACAAAAUACAAGAAUAUUGUUAUAAAUAGGUGCACAUAUUUAUUUAUAGUAUGGAUAGGUACUUUUUAUCAGUUACUUUUUUUUUCAUAAUUAAUUGAAUUUUAUACAAAGUAAGUCAUCAAUAAUGUGUUUUAUGUUCAAUGCAGACACCUAUUUCCAUUUAAAUAUUAGAUAAUAUUAUUAUUAAUAAAGUUAAUUUAAACUAAAUAUCAUGAUAAAAUAUAACAAAUACACGAUUAAUAAUAAUAAUAAUAAUAAUAAUAUAGUGUAGAGCAUAAUAAUUAUAAUUAUAAAAAUUCGCAGUUGAGUUAACUGAUGUGAUGAACGCACUUGGUUCUUCAUAAUAUAUUUUACAACCUUACAAUAGAAAUAACAUCUAAAAUAUUACAUAUAAAGUACGUACAGUGUCCUAUUAAUUAAAUGUCAUACUGUAGUUAUACUAUUUGGAAUUAACAAUGUAUUGCGAUAACCUAAUCUAGUAUAUAAAUAUAUGAAUAAUAUAUAUAUAUAUAUAUAUGUACAUAUACAUAAUAUUAUACAUACAUACCUAUGUUUAUACCUAUAUAGAAACUGAUUAAAUAGAAGUAUAUUACUUUUCUUUUUUAGUAUUAUAGAUUUUUGAGUAUUUAUAGAUAUAUAUAUAGAUAUAUAUAUACAUAUAUAAUAUUAUGUAUAAUGUACCUAUAUAAUAUUAAAUAUAAAUAUAUACCUAUUAAAUAUGUUUAAUUAAGGGACAAAAUUAUAUAUAUAUAUAUAUAAAAAAAAAAAAAUUAUAAUCAUAAUAAUAAUAAACUUACAACUUACAAGGCCAUGUGCUAUAAAUAAUGGAACAGCGGGUUAAAUUAAAUUGAUAAUGUUUAUUUUCCAUACAUUUGUUUUCUAAUAUUUUUAGUAUUUGUUUUAAUGUAUAUACAGAGCACGAAUGAGAAAACAUUUAAGAUUUCGACACUUCAAGAAAUCUAUUUUAUCGACCGUCACUGACUCUGAUACUGCAUCGAGUAAACGCCAGCAGGUUGCAUAUUGCCCGGUGUAGAUAUCUGUUGUCCAUUGGCAGCCUGUCCAGUUCCAUUACCCAUUUGAUAUGCAGUAGCAUUAGCCAUUUGGUAUGGGUAUCCAGUGUACUGGCUGUACGCAGCCGCACCGCCAUAACUAGCUUGCAUGCCCUGCACAUAUUGGCCUGCUUGCAUUUGAGCAUAUGGAUACCAGUAAUUCAUCCCUUGAUUGUAUGCCAUAUUGUAUGAAUAUUGACCACCGGUGGUGUCUGUACUGGCGGCCGCCUGAGCUGCUAGAUUAGCUGCACUGUUUGGAUCACCAGAUUCCUUGCCCCAGAAACAUUUGACCGGGUGUCCAUUUAUUUCUGUAUUAUGUACUGCUUCAAUAGCAGUUGUUGCGGCUUCUUUUGUCGAAAACUUAAUGAACGCAUAACCUUUGUCUCGGAACGCUCUGAUUUCGACAAUAGUACCGAAUCGCGAAAACACCUGUUCAACCAGCUCUUCGGUUAAGCCUUCAACAAUACCUCCACAAUACACUGUACAAUUCGUUGGACUUGACUGAUUGUACACAUCGUCAAAUGUGACUGCUCGGUAGCCACUGUACUUGUUUGGAGCCCUGGGCGGAGGAGGUUUUCUAGUGGACCAAUUAGUCCGGAUGCUCCUGCUGCCCAGCCAUUGGCCAUUCAUCGAAUUUAUCGCAUUUUCCGCGUCAGAUUUUUUCACAAACGAUACAAAAGCGUAUCCCUUGGAUUUUAACGUUUGUGGAUCGCGUACAAUGCGACAGUUGGAAAUCUCUCCGAACGGCGCAAAAGCCUCUUUCAGAGUAUGAGUUUCAAUUUCGGGACUCAGGUCCCCGACAAAUAUAUGAUAAUGAUUACUCGUGUCGAGCUUGGGCUGAUUACCGGGUGUCGUAGCCCAAUUCACUUUCAUUUCUUUAUCCAAAAAGAGACGGCCGUUCAUUGCGGCUAAUGCCGUGGCCGCACCCGAGUGGGUUUCGAAUUCGAGGAACGCAUAAGGAUCGCUACCCGGUUCACGUAUUACUUUGCUCGCAUUUACUGGACCAAUAUUAGUAAAUAAUGCGCACAGCAACUCUUCGGUGACGGACGGGUCUAAAUUGCCGACAUAAAGCGUACGAGGGUUGCUCUCGUCACUCAUUUUAAACUCUGUUAUUUAUGCUUUUUUUUUUUAAUUAAAUUUUUUUAAAUAUUUAAUAACAAAAAAAUUAGUUAUGUUAUAACUUCGUACGCGUUUCAAUAGUAGUAGUAAACGUAUUUAAAGUGUUUUUGGUUUACUCACAGACUGUAUUCGUGUUUGUUGACAAAAACAAGACGACUCGUCCCGCAAACAAUGGACGGGCGUGUAUCGUUUAGUGCGUUUCGCUAAUCCAAACUUGAACGAAGUCGUUUUGCGGUUCGCACCGGACGCCGAUGUGACUGGGGGGUUUGAACACGGCGCUCAAAUAGAAAAACGAAAAAAAAUACUUGUAAUUUUAAGUGUUAUUUACUUACGCCUAAUAAAAUGCACCAUUUUUACGGGGAAAAAAAUAUACGUAAAACCAAAAAAAAGUUCACGUAAAUAAUGAAAGGUUACGAAAAAAAUGUUCGUAUCACCACUUUUGACAGUGUAACCAACGUCCGUGAGCUGCCGCAUUAACGGGUUCCGCGGCGGAUGAUGUCCCCGCCGGCCACCGGUGAUGAUCCGCCGGGGAAUCCGGUGCAGAAUGACUGGGUCCGUUGGCCGGGGACAGAUUGGUCUUUUCGGUAUGGCAACACUGCGGCUGACGCGUAAGCGUUUCGUACGAUCGCCAACGAUCCCGUACAGAUGGUGUUGCGAAAUAUGGCGGCAAACACGACCGCUCGUAACGCCACUAUCGCUUUGACGACGACGCCACCGCCUUCGUAUGAUACUAUGAUGUGUUCUCCUUUGAAUGGUGUAUUCUCGGUUGUGCCUUGUUCUGUAACACGUCAUGCGUUUUUAUAGGCAACGCUGCAAAAAAAACCCAGACACUGUAUUUGUCUAUAAUGAUAAAUACGUAAUACGGAAAAUCGAUUUUGUUUUUUUUUUCUUGUUAUUCGGUAUAAAAUGAUCACAGAAAUCUACAAUUUUCGCAGUGCUGUAAUAUUCUAGAUAGGUACACAUGUACCUAUCUAAGAUACAGUAUUUAGAUUCUCUUUUGUAUCUUAUAUACAAAAUAUUGUGUAUCUUAAUAAAAGUAUCGGAACGUUUCUAGUUUAGCAACCAUGCGAUUUUUUAGUUUAUUUUUCCAAAAUGUGUUUUUGCGUGUACAUUAAGAAUGUAAAAAAAAAAGUCGAACUUCGUUUGGAAGUUAUGGAGGAAAACUUCAUAAAGUACGGGUUUUCCUUUUCGCAUAAUUCUUAGUUAGAAUUUAACAAUUUUUUUUUUCCAAAAUGUAUGUCUUUAGAUGCUUAAUCCAUUGGUAUAAUCAAAACGUAACAUCAUACUUUAAAGUUUUUGUAUAUAAAGCUUAAAAAAAGCAUUUUUGGAAUUAAUCCAAAAUGUGGUCAAAAAUAGAAAUUUUUUUAUUAUUAUUAUUUGUAGUUAUUGAUAUUUAGAUAACAAAGGUUUUUUUAUUGAUAUCAUAAUAAGUCUAUCUGGCUUAGUUUUAGAGUUAUAGAAGUUCAAACGCGCCAUAUUUUGCUACGCUCAUUCGGACAAUUUUAAUCGAAAAUAACCUUCAAAUAACAAUAACUACAAAUAAAAAUAAUAGAAAAAAUUUCUAUUUUUGACCACAUUUUGGAUUAAUUUCAGAAAUGCUAUUUUUUAAGGUUUAUAUAAAAAAACUUUAAAAGUAAGUCUAAUGGGUACGUUUUGAUUAUAAAUAUUAUAGAUUGCUCAAUGGUCUGUUUUACGAUGGCGUAAAAUAAAACUCCCGACAGAUGACGAUAUAAUUAUUAUUAGAACAUAAAAUUAAUUAAAUUCAUAAAUUAUAAUUUUGUUGUUAUAAAGGUCGAUGCCGGUCGGGGAAACCUGGCUAACGGCUUCUUGCUUAUGAACGUGGUGGAUAUUUUUGCGUAAUAAUUAUAAAUGCUACUGUACGGUAAACAUUUCUUAUCGUAUUUAUAUUCAUUGUAUUACUCGUUUCAUGAAUUUUAUAAUUUAAAUAAUUUUAAAGAUGGGCCGAUACAUAAGUGGGUGCAGCCAUUAUUGUAGGUGGACAGUUGGAAAGGUAGGAUACAUAAGUUUAUUUAAUUUAUAACUGUAAGCAACGAUAAACCAUUGCUGACGAAAGACGAUUCUGAGUGGAGCUCGAUUAAUUGUAUUGCAUUUUUAAAGCAAAAUUGAACAAAUAUAUUGUGUGAAAUUAUUGUACGUUUUUCCUACGUUUCUUCCCAGUUUUUCUCAAUUAUUAUAAAAACUGCUUCGAUAAUCAAAAAACGAACUUCACUGUAAAAAACAAGAUUCAAUACGCAACAAAAAAGGUAACUUUUCAAAUAAAGCACUUUUUCUAGUAGAAAAAGUGUUUUCCGUGUUUAUUUAAAAUAAUGAAAUCAUAAAAUUGUACGGUUUUUCUACGUUUGUUCGCACUUAGGUGCUAUUAUUUUACCCUUAUCAUUGAAACUGCCAACUCGUUUAUAUUUUCUAUGCGAUUAAAUACACCACCAAUUUUAUCCAUGAGUUGUACUACCCGGUCCUGCUGUAGACACGUAGAUACGUUGUGUUAUGAUGAAUAAAUAAAGCGCUUGGUAGUAACAGAUCACCAAAAAUACUAUAACAUUGUUUUUAUUAAUAUUGUUGUCCAACAUUCAGUCCAUUAGGAAUAAAAGGAUGCUAAAACAAUAUUGAAUGACUGGAUUAGUCAUUUGGAUUUGGUGCUGGCUGUCGCCGGGAGCUCGUAAAGGUGUCCUGUUGAAAUAUGUGGUAAGAUGGUAAUAGGACCGUAGUUGGUGACAUUGUGUAUGUCGCCCAACUUAUGGAUGGGAGUUAUUAACCCAACUUUAAGGAUAGAGAAUAAACACCGGAAUUUAAAAAUUUGGUGAAGAGAAUAAAAUGCAACCAAGCAAUAGCAUCUUUGAGUUUAAAAAGGUAGUCUCCUUGAAUACCAUCAGGACCAAGAGACUUAAAAUUACAAAGAGAGUUAAGCGCAUUACUAAUAUAAUCGACCGUUAAUGAGAUGUGACUAAGAAGAUUAAACUGGGGGAUUGAAGUUUGUUAGUGGAGUUGAAGGAGAACUUGCUGGGAGAGUAUAAACAGAAGAAAAAAAAGACAGAAAAUAAAGCGGCGGAUUCAGAGGGAUUUGAGCUUGUGGAAUCUCCAUAGACGACAUUGGGGGAAUGGAAGGUGAAGAGCGAAAUUUACGAAUAAAAGAUCAAAAGGAACGAGGAUUUGAUAAAAGGGAAGAUUCUGUACGGGCAAUAAAAUUUUUGUAAGACUUUUUAGACAGGAAUUUAAAGCGUGCACGGAGAAUAUAAAAGGAAUGGUAGUCGGCAAGGGAGAGUGACGGAUGUAAACUUUGGGGACGAACGAAAGAAUUGAUGAGUAUAUAGCAUCAAAUAAAGAGUUCAUAGCAUUAUCAGUACUGUGAGUUCUCAAUUGUAGGAAUUAAGAAAGUGCGCGAUACGUGGCAGAUCAGCUUUGGAAAAGUCAAAGGUCAUUGGUAGAGGUGAGAGUAGAGGAAGAUAUAUUUAGUGAUAGAGAAACGGUAGGGUGAUUGGGAUCUGGUGGGACUGUAUACUCAGAUACUCAUGGGACAAUUUGAGAAUAUAAGGUCAAGAAGAAAACCAUGGAAAUUUGUUAAGUAAUUUAAUUGGAAAAAUCCAUGAAUAGCGAAGAACUCGGGUACGCAGAGGUUUUGAUAAAUUAACUUGGAAGGGUAGGAAAGACCAUCGUUAUCAUUUGACCAGGUAAUGAGAGAUAAGUUAUUACAGAAAACGAACUUAUAGGAAGAGAACCACUCUAUAAUUGUAGCAGCAAAGGAUAAGUGAGCUUUAUAAGUAUCAAUUGGACUGAUGGGUGGUAGAUAAACGCCACAUAUGAUAAAAUUAAAGGAGUUGAGUGUAAAACGGACGUAAAGUUGCACGACAGAGACGAGAAAAGAGGGAAUUUAUUUAUGGACCACAAUAAAAAGGCCACCACCACGUUUAUGGUUACUAGUGAGAGAGCACUGUCACAUCUAAAAAGGUGUGGUCAUUGGUAAGGCCCAAUUCAUUUGUGAAAAAAUUGCUAUUAAGCCAUGUUUCGGUAAGCACAAUGAACGAGUAGUUAAAAUUAGAUACAUUAAAAUUAAGAUUUAUAAGUUUAGUUUUCGAACCUCAAUAAUUUUGAUAGUAGCCUAAGGAGUUGAUAGAAGGUAGUACAUUUUUCAUGAUUGAAAACGGUGACGAUUGGCAUUAAAGUUUUUUGGACGAGUUUUCAAGACAAAGGACGCAGAUUGUUGAUUUCCAAAAGGCAUACGAUAGCAUACACUGAGAAGGUCUAAUUAGUAUUUUGGUAGAGUUCCAUUUCCUAUACAAACUGAUAAAUCUGAUCAAAUCAAGUACUAUGUUAAAGUCAGAAUAGGAACAAGUAUGGACAGGACUAAGGCAAGGAGACUCUUUAUCGCCUAUAUUAUUUAAUGUUGCAUUGGAAAAAUUUAUAAGGAAAAUGAAUAUAGGACAGUAUGAAAGAGUAAACUUAGUCACACUAUAGGGCUGUUGGCAUUCUCAGAUGACCUGGUACUGGUAACAGAAUCACAAAAUGAGCUUAAGUCACUAUUUACACGGCUAGAAAAGUCAUCAGCAAAAAUAGGUUUACGUGUCAACGAGGAGAAGACAAAAUAUAUGGUUGUAAGGAGGCAGAACAAUGCAAGGUUAAGCUUCUCCUUAAGGAUAGAUCAGUAUAAUUUUGGUAGAGUGGAUUAAUUCAAGUACCUGCAAACGAUUCUAACAGAAAAUAAUGAAACAACAAACAUAGUUUAUAUAUAUUAUAUCUGUGGUACCCACCUAUCUGCUACUGCUGGCGCAUAAAGCAAAUGUAAAGCUCACGUAGCUAUUUUUCAUCUGUAUCCUAUCUGUAACACUUGCUAUUUGCAUAGCCAGUAUUGCAUCCUAGCUCGAAACAUUUAUUUAGCAUCCUGGAUUUUAUUUUUUCAAACACUACAAAAAUUAAAAAUUACCAGUAGAUCUUGUGUGGGAGAAUAUUAAUAAUUUUAAAAAUUUUAAAAAUAAAACUUGAUUACACAAUUAAUUAUAUUAUCAUUUAUAAACAGUGGUAUGUAUUAAUUAUUCCGUUUUUAUACAUACUAUAUAUCAGUAAAUAAAUAUAAUAGGUAGGUACAUAUAAUUAUAACAUUUUAAUCAAUUUGUCUGAUUUAAAUAAAAAUCAAGUAUAAAUCUCCAUUAAAAAGUGUACAAAAAUUGGCAUUCGGGCGAAUGUUAGCAUACUCUGAUAAGUAAUCUAUCUAUACCCACAUAUUAUGUAUCAAUAGAUUUAAGACCAUAGACAUAAUAUUAUAUACUUAUAUAAAUAUAAUUAUGCUUAUGAUUAAGAUGAUUAUAUUGUAGCUAUUUCAUUAAAUGGUAAGCAUUAAAGACUUAGCAAAUAUCAUGUUCCAAAUACAAUUUAUUAUUUUGAUCUAAACACACAAAUAUUAACAUUUUGUUAUAGAUCAUGCCAACGUGGCAUAUUGAUUUGUAUUUUUAUAAUUCGUACAUUUAUUGAAUGUUAAUAUGCAACUUAAAAUAAAAUCCAACUUGAUCUUUUCUUCCAUGGAUUCUAAUAAAGUUGUUUGGAUUUAAUUUAAACAGCUUUGAACGUUAUAUAUUAUUAUUAAUUAAAAGUCAAUUCUUUAAUAUCAUUAAUGUCUCAAAUUGGAAUAUUUACAAUUAGAAUUAGUUGUCUUACUUAUUAAGUCUUCAUAUUACAAGUGAACCAAUUUUUACCACAGUUCCUCAUAUCAUUUUAGUUAAUAAAUUAAUUCUUCUCCUGAAAAAUUAUACUAAAAAAAUUUAAAAUAAACUAAAAAUUGUAUCAAAAGAGACAAAAUAAUAAUAUUGUAACCAUGAGUUAUGAGAAAAUCUUUUUGUCUUGGACUUCCUUUUAGUCUAUUAGAUCCAAAAUAUAAUUUUGACUCAAAAUGACACAACUUUAAUAAAUACUAAUUGCUUUACUAGUAAACUAGUUAUUUUUGUCUCAGUUCGCAUGGUUCUGUUUUUGAUUUAAUUUCAAAGGAGUAGUAUAUAUUUUUUUUUUUAUGGAUUAAGUUAUCAUAAUUUGGUAUUGGAUAUUUAAUAUUUGAAAAAUUAAAAAUUAAGUAUGUAAAAUAUUGUAAACUAUUAACCAUUUUAUUAUAAAUAGAAAACAGUCUUUAUUUUAUAAAAAUUUAAAAAAAUAAAUAAUAUAUUAGACUAUUUAAUUAUAACUCUAAUUUCAAAUGUCUAUACUGCAAAAAUUUUUUUUUUUUAAGCUAAUAUGGAAUUUUACAUAAAAUUUAAAAUUAUCAAACCAUUUUAUAUUUUCUUUUACCUUUAAUGAAUCUUCAUACUUCUACAAAAUCAUUCUAAAGUGUAUUUUUUUUUCUCAUUUUAUAGGUUUAAAUAAAUAAUUUUUCAAUUAUAAUACCAUACACUUUAUGAGACUUCUUCAUCUGAACUAAAUUCCGAAUUAAAAAUAAUUUCUUCUUCUUCUUCUUCUUCUUCUUUUUCAUUAUCUUCUAUAUUCAUAACUGUUUUGUCUAAUAAAUGGGCCAAUGUUCCUUUAAAUGUAAAACAACUUUCUAAAUAUUUAAUUCGCCUAUGAUCAGUUAAAUAAAUACAAGCUCUCAAGAAAGUAUCUAAAACCUGUGGUGUUCGAUUUGGAUGGUUAAAUAAUAGUAUGAAACUUGAUCGAAUGACAAACAAAAUGUAUCCACUUGAUACAAUACUUGAUCUUAACACUAAUAAAAGCAAAUCUUUGUAUCCAUCCCAAUCACCCGCCAACAAACAUAGUCGCAUUUCAUUUAAAAUUGGAGAAAGACUACGUAGAGGAUUUUCUCUGUACAACAUGAUACUACUGUAGACAGGCAAAUGUGAUUGGUCAGAGCAAAGACUAUUUACUUUCAUGGCAUCAAUUUUAUUCCAUUUGCCCAUGAUCUUUGCUUUUCUACCAACUGGUACUGACUUGGGUUGUAAUAUCAAUUCAACUGCUUGUAACAGAUAGCUCUUCGGAAAACCAACAGAAAAGUUAUCUGGAUGUUUGAGUGAUUGGAUCACAGCACAAUCAUUAUCAUUAUUUGAACUGUCUAUGUCCUUAUUGAUAAUGAAGGUAGGUACUGCAUCUGCUUUUAAUACCAUUCUUUUGUUUUGAACGUUAUAAUCUGAUGCGGUAAAGUGUAAAUUACAUAUUCGAUACCAACGUUUAAUAGCAGUAGUUAAAUUUAGUUUCUUAAUCCAUUCAUUUCGGUACAUAAUAUUUAUUGGAAACCUGAAUAAAUUUGAAAUGGUUUUUAUAAGCUUACUUUAUGUUAUAUAUACGAAUCUGUUUCAAAAUACUUACUUGUGAAAACUUAGAUCUGAAUUCUGUAUCUUAUUGGUAUGACACAAAAUACAAUAUUUAACCAUGAUUAAUAUUAAAUACAGAAAAAAUGAGUGCAUACAGUGGAUUUCCGGCUGGAAGCUGUUGCUGUAAUAGUGUAAUGAAUGUAACGGCUAAAAGCCAAUAGGUACUGUGAUAACUGACUGAGAGGGCGAUACCAUGCUGAAAUUUAGAGAUAAUGUCAUUAUCUAUAGAUAAUGUCCUACAUUUCUUAUUUGGUUUUGGAUCUGUUCUACAAAACAUUUCUUCCAAUGGACUUUUGGAAGAAAUAGUCUUCAAUAAAUUGUUUUUCAAACAGAAUUUUAGAAAUGAUCACUAACCAUAAAAUAUUUAUUCCACACCAUGGUUUAAGAUAGUCUAUCUACCAUACCGCAUACGAUAUUCCACACAUACGAUAAUAGUAUAUUUACCAUAGCUCAAUAUUCUGAAUUUAGAUCAGUCAACACGAUUUUAUGGUAUCUUAAAUCGUGUCAGUUGACAACCAAUAUUGAAAUGACUCUUUAUAAUCGGGACAUAACCUAACCUACCAGAUUUCAAAAUUACGAAUUUAAAAAAAAAAACAAGUUUGAUAUUGAAACUCCUUUUAAACUAAGUAGUCAUUGUUUUACUAAACACAAUUAAAAAAAAAGACUGACAUACUUCGCACGUUAGGUGUACCACUGUUGUGGUUGAAAAGUUGGGAAGGUAGGAUAUAGACGGGAAUUAAUGUAUAUCUGUAAGCAAAGCUUGAUCAUUUUUAACGAAAAAACGAUUCUGAGCAGAGCUCGGUUAAUAGUAUUGCUUUUUCAACAAUAAAUAUGUCAUAUUAUAUUAAAAUAAAUAUAUAUUUAAUACAAUGAAUUACAUAGUUUACAUAGAUUAUGUUGGAUUUGUUUCCCUAUUACCUUCCUGACGUAUUUUUGCAAAAAUAAAAUUCGAAACUCGGGUUUGAACUUACGAUUAACUGGAUGACAACAGAUACUUACCACCAUUAAACUACGGCAGACAUAACAUGGCAAAAAUAACUUGAAAAUUUUACCACGUCUAGAAAAUUUCAAAAUAAUUUGUUUGCCCAAAUUUUAAGUUUCAUUUUUAACCGAAUUACAUCAAAUAAAAAUUGAAAAAACUAAAAACAUUUUCAUAAAUUGUUCAUUUUUUUUUCUUUAACUAUAAUGAAACCCGCUUAAAAUUUAAAAAUACCAACUAGAUAAAAUUUCUUUUUUGAUUUGGGUACAUUUCAAAAUUGAAGCAAGAUUUCUUGUAGAAAUUUCAUUCAGUAGGUAUAGAAAAAAAAAAUAAACAUCAUUGUAACACAAAUAUAUUCCCCGUUUUGUUCAGAAUAUAAAAGAAUAAUUAGAUAUUAGUUGGAAACGCGAAAAUUACAUACAAAUAAUGUACAAUUUUAUGGAAACUCAAAACUUUCUGAUGAAAUAUUGAAUUUAAGUACUCCAUAUCAAAUUUUGAACAAAACAGCUAUUAUAUGCUUAUUAUUUCUAAGUUAAAACAUUUAAUAAAAAAUUCAAAAUAUUUUUAUCUAUACGCUUAUUAUGUUUUUCGCAGUUAUAAAUGUAUAAUGAUUUGGAGCGGUAGUCGCCAACUGAUGAUCCGCGAGAAAAUUUUGGUGGCCGCAUAAAAAUUUGAAAACUUAAUAAAUUGUGUUAUGAGUAAAAAAAAAUCCUUUAUUAUAAUUUUAAAAAUCUAUUUUUAUUUUAUUAGUGAAACAUUAUUUAUGAAAAAAAAAGCUAUAGGUUUACAACAUUUGAGUACAUGAGACUUGUUCUCUAAGAACUAUCAAAAUCAUAUUACAGAUAUAAAUAAUAAUUUAAUGUGUAUCAAGUACCAUGUAUAUAAAUUUUAAUUUAUUAUUAUUAUGUAUUAAGAACUGCAACCAGCAGUUGCAAUAUCCUAAUAAAUAUAAAAUAUAAUUAUACAUAUACAGGGUGAUUCAAAAUGUUUGUCUAAGCCAUUUUAUCAUGUAAAUAUUCAAAAUAGAGAAAAAUGUAUUGUACCAAGGUUUUUUGAUUUAAAAAAUUUAAAAUAAUUUUUAUAAUUAUUUUUGGAGAUCAACUUUUGAAAUUCAAAUGGGAACCUAUAUUCAUCAUUAUGCGCUUGGUCGCAUGGCACAGCACACAGAGUUUAAUAAGUGUUCCACUACUCUCCCCCUACCUAAACUAAAAAGUAAUUUCAUUUGCCAAUGAGUUGAUGAAAAAAUCUCAAAAAUCUUAUCAAAAUUUAUUUUAACUAAAUCUAUUCAUCAAAUUUUAAAUAUAGGUUCUCUAAAUUUUAAAAGCUGACUCCCAAACCCUCCCCCCUUUAAAAAAGUAAAAAAAAAGGGAUUAUUUUAGAUGCUUAUUAAUCAAACAACUUUUGUAAGUUUAAUACAUUUUUCUCUACUUUGAAUAUUUACAUGAUAGAAUGACUGAAAAAAUUAAAAAAUAAAAUAAUAAUAUAAAAUUUCAACCUGUAUACUACAAAUUCUCUUGAAAAUAUUGGCAAAACAAAAAUACAUCACACGUGUGUAGACCACUGUUGUAAGAGAGAGAGGUUGUGAGAAGUUAAAAAAGUAGUGGAAGGAAAAUUUAAUGUAUAUUAUUUAAUAAUUCCCCAUUGCCAGCAAAAAAAAAUGCUAAGCGGAGUUUAGUUAUAGUGUUGCUUUGUCAACAAUAUAUAUGUCAUAUUAUAGUAAAAUAAUUUCAUAUGCAUUAUAUAUUUUCGUUAAUUUUUGUUUAAUAUUGUACCUAUGAUCUCAUUUUUCUUCAUAUGUUGAGAAAACUCUUGGGAAAAUCAAAAAAUGACCUCCCUAAAAUAUCUCCCCAGUUAAAAUUCCUUAUCAUUGUAAAUUAGAACAAAAUUUCUGAUAAAAAGUUGCCCACAGAAAAAAAAAAUAAUAAACAUAAUUAUAAAGCUAAUACAUUCCUUGCUCCACUCAGAAUCUAAAAUACACUUUUCAGAUAAAAUAAAAAUGUUGUAUAGGUAUAUCUAAAAUAUUAAUACUAAUGUUUAUUAUUUAUGUUAAAUUUGUUAAUAUAAAAGUCAUGUUAAAACUUAUUUAAUAAAGGCCACAGAUACAUCUUUAAUUAUAACAAAUUAUAAAUUAUACUUUAAAAAUAAUUUUAUUUUUUGGAUCUAUGACCCUUUACUUUACAUUUCGAUGCAAUUGAGUCUUUAAAAACAUAUUUUACAUAAUCUUCUAAAAUUUCUUUUUCAUCCUGUCCUCCAGCAACAAAAAUCAUAAACCUUGGUGAUCCAUUUUCAAUUGGACACCUAAAAUGUCAAAUCAAAUAGAAACUUAAUAUUUUUGCACAAAAAUCUAAGCAGCAACAAUACUAAGUUUAAAAUGUAAGAAAACUGAGUGCAGAUUAUUGGUUAAUAUGUUAUUAAUUCUAUGCAACUUUAUGUUUUACAUAUAUUUUUAAAUUUAACAACGGCUUAGUAUUAAAUAAAUAGAUACCAAGUAUACUGAUAUAGACAUAUAAUAAAUAAAUUAGUAUCAACCUGCUAAUAAAACUUAAUAAAAUUGAGAACUAACCCACAAUUAUUAAUGUGUAAAUAUAAUUUGAAUUGUAAUUAGUUUUAAAUAAAACUAAAUACUAGAUUGGGUUUUGGAUAUUUCAUUCAAAUAACAAUUACAGAAAAUUAUAAAUUAGAUAUUAUAAAUAAUUAAAUUAUUUUAGUAAUUUAAAUAUUAAAUUAUUUUAGUAAUUUAAAUAUUAAAUUAUAACAAAUAAUACUCUGUCAAUAAUGUACUUAUACAGAGUAUCUCAUGAAAAUAUACCCAUUGUAAUAUCUCUGAAGAUAAUAAAGAUAAUCCAAUUCUAUUUUAGAUUCUUAGCAGAGCAAAAAACUUUUGCCUACAAGAUUAUUUUAAUUUUCAAUUACAACAAUUUUCUGAAAGGAAAUCUAAAUAGGAUGGUACUUUAGGGAAGUCAUAUUUUGAUUUACCCAAGAGUUGUCACAACAAAUGGGAAAAACCGGGAAAAUGUGUGAAAUGUAUAGUAAAAUAUUAUUAACUUUUUUUCCUAUGAACAACUUUUCUACCAGCAAUUUUGCUCAGAUUUACUAUGAUGGCACUAUUUCUCAAAGAAUCUAGGGUCUUACUUUAGAGCAGUCAUUUUUUAAUUUUCCCAAAUAUUUUCUAAAAAAAAAAUGGGGAAAAUUUUUUCAUGUUACAACAAAACCAAAUCUAUAACUUUGUGUUGCAUAUUUUUCCAUACUUAGAUCUUUUGCUUUUUAAGAUAUUUGUAAAAAAUUUUAUGCUCUUCGGGAACUUUUUCACAAUUUGUUAAAACAAUAAUUAAUAAUAAAAUCAUAAAUUAAUAUUUUGAAAGUUAUUUUUUAGUGUCAGAAGAAAAAUGUUAAAUUAAAUACCAUGUAUACAAAUCAACCAAAUUCUUCAAUCAAUCAAUGAAAUGUAGUAAUGUCAAUUUAAUUAAAUUAAUAAAAAGUAAAAGUAAAAAUUUAAAAAAUAGAAAUUUGUCUUAUUCAUUUGGUCAUGGCAUGGCAUAUAAUUAAAUUAGAUAGUUUUUCUAAUUAUAGAUAUUUUGUAAUUAAAUGGCUAAUAAAAUGUCUGUAAGACUUAUUUCAGUGCAUAUUUUUAAAAGUAUUUAAGUUCAUAUGUCCUUGCAUAUUCAGUGUUUUUUUUAGAGCUAUAUGUUCUCUGCUCUACUUAUAUACUAUAACAAAUAGCCACUGAGUAGAACCUUGUCAAUUACACAAAUUGGUGUAAAUUAGCAAGCCUAAAUUAGGCAUUAUUUGUUAGACAAUUCUAAUUUUUUUAGGAAAACAAGGCAUUAAAGGAAAGAGUAACAGAAUCCACUAAUUUUUGAAAGAAGAUAAAAGAAAAUGAAUGACAAAAAAAAAAUUUUAAAUACAAAUAACAAUUUGUUUACCUUAACAAUGUCAAUGCAUCCGAUAAAGUGCAUGAUUGGGAUUCUAUUUUUAAAACUCUGGUGGAAGUUUCACUCGCAAAUUCACAAUAAAUAUUUACUGUAUCUGCGUUGUAUUUAUCUUCAAUAUCCCAUGAUGGUCUUUCAGAGAAUAUUUCUACCAACUGACUAUAAAACCUAAAAAAUAAAUAUAUAUAAUAUUUAAAUAAUAUCCAAGUAAAAAUAAUUUAUAAAGCAAGCAAUUUUAUAUUAUGUGCACCACUGAAGACAGUGCAAAUUAUGUUAAAUGUCAAGCACAUAUAAUGAAGGUGGCAUAUCCCUAUUUGGCAUUUUUUUAAAUUUAAAUUUGAUUUGGUUAUUUGUAUAUUGUUUUAUUGUUUAGUCAUAUUAUUAAAGUUGUUACAUAUUCAUUCUUUAUAUAAAUUAUUUUAUUGUUUUAUUAAAAUUAAGAUUUUAGAGCACAGAAAAUAUAUUAAUACAUUUUUGUUUUAAUAAACACAAGAAUUUUAUUUUAAACAAAUUUACUUACUGCUCUCAUAAUUUAUAAAUUUAAUAUAUUUUGAAUCUACAUAUACAUAGUAUAUUAAUAAUAUAUAAAGAGAACUUUUCAAUAUUGAGGAGUGUAAAAAAUAUGUAAGAAAUUUAAUUAAAUAGUAUACUCGUAAAAAUAUUAUUUUAACUGGCCCUUCUAAAACUGAUUAUAUUAUAUUUAAGCAUUAUUUAAAUUUAUUAACUUUGUUGGCUUUCUACAGAGAAGUUACUAUUAAACCAAAUGGCGUUAUAGAUGAAAUAUAAAAAAAAGCCAAUAAAACUUGUAUGACCUAAGUUUGAAUAAUGUAGAUAAUAAUAUAGAUAAUAUAGAUAUAUAAUAUCGAUAAUAUAGAUUUAUAAUAUAGAUAAUAGUUUUAGAUGAAUAUUAUUAUAAUAAUAUUAUUCACUCAUCAAGUUUAUUAUAAAGUAAUCUCCAUGUGUGUCAUGAAAUCAAAAACUUUCUUAGGUCUGAUCAAAAUUAUAAUUUAUGUUUAUAUUUUAUUGACUUGAUUGAACUUGCAUAAUUAUAAAUUAUGCAUUAGGUAUUCAUUAUAUACUAUAAUAUCAAACAAAAUUGUUGUAAUAAUCAAGUAAUGUACUUAAUAAUUUUAAACAUGUUCAGAAAAAAAUAAAUAUACACUGACGUAGAAUCUUCAUGGAAUUCUGGUAUAGUAAAAGAUGUUUGAUACUCUGGAUACAAAAAAAUAACUGGCCAUACAAGUCGGUUUUUUAAUAAAUGUACUGGUGGUAUUAUACUAGGUACCAAGGUAUUGAAUAUUGCCAAAUCUUCAAUUAUAUCACCUAAAUUAUAAAAUGUACAAUUUUUUUUUACAGAAAACUAAAUAUUAAUUAAUACUAUAUUUAAAUUACCUUUUUGGUCGACUACAUGCAAUUUUCUUUUAUUAAUCUCAUUUAAUAAUCUUUGCUCCUCAAUUUCAUUUAGUUUUUUAAUUUUCAUCAUUUUUCGUUUUUCCAUCUCAAUUUUCUAAAUUUGAAAAAAACAAAUUCUCAUAAUGUAAAAUUAACAUUAAACAACUAAAAUAUACCUCAGACCCCGGUAUUUGUCCCAAAUACUUAUCACAAUAAUCUAAUGAUUUAUCAAAGUCUUUUAAUUGAAUGCAACAAUUGAUUGCUCUUAAGAUUGUUUUUUCAUAGUCUGGCUUUAAUUUAAGUGCCUCUUCAGCUGCUCCUAAACUUGAUCUAGAUAAAUAAAUGUAGAAAUUAAAAAUUAUAUUUAUAUACGACCUAAGUUAUAGUUUAAGUAAUGUACCUAUAGUUUUUUAAAAAAAAAUGUGAAGCAGACAAAUUGUUCAACAUUUGAGCACGCAGCUCAUUAUUUUGAAAGUCUAAUUUAAGACCUUCUUGAUAACAUAUAAUAGCUAGUUUAUAUUUACAGCUCUUAAAAUACAAAUUUCCAUCUUCUUUAUACUUAUCAGCUAAUUUUUUAGCAAUGUUAUCAUCUGGUUCAAGUCGAAAAUUUUUUAAGGCUUCGAUUAAUGUUUUAUUUUCUAAUUCCAGUGAAUUAUUCUUAUAGUUGCCAAAAUCAUUGAAAAAGCAGUUAUGAUUUUCAUGUGUCUUACGCGAGGUAGACUGUUUACAGCCACUUAAUUCUCUGAAAUAUUAUAUGACAGACAAACAUAAAUGUUUUACAAUAACAGUUAAAAAUAAUUUAUUAAUUUUACCUCAGUUUAUAAAAUAAUAUAAAACGUAUACUUACGGUAUUUUAUCCAUUUCGUUUAUAAUCGUAUUACAAAAAUUUGUUUUAAAUAUUUAGAAAUUUAGAAUAUCCAAUCUAAAAACAUUAAGAGUUACAAAAUAAAAUACUUCUAUAUAAACAAAAUUAAUUUGGAAAUGUCAAGUUGCAUUGUAUUGUUGCAGAAUAUGUGUUAUCAAUUAUAUUCUUACUUCUUCCAUGAGUAUUUUAGAAUAAUCUCAUCCAUAGAUAUUAUAAUAUUAAUGCAAUAUGGCCACAUUCGAAUUGGGUCUCGAAUCCAUAGAGGGUUAUAUGUCUAUGCCUUCAUUCAAUAUUCAUUCCAAUUAGAUCCCAAAUCCUAAAAUUAAAUUUUAAUAUUUAUUUUAUAUUAUAUUAACUUGUAGGUAGUAGGUACAAUAGACACACGGAUUAAUUAAAACAUGUGUUUAUUAGUUUGUGCGUGUAAACCAUACUUUUUUUCCAUUUACUCAAUCCAGUUACAAUUGCAGAAAAGAAUUAUAAUAAAGCUCACAUUAAAACCAGGAAUAUUGUAUAAUUGUAUUCAAAUAAUAAAAAAAAAAUUAUAUUGCAAACACAAAAUUAUAAAUUAUAUUAAUUUUUAGCAAAAUUAAAAAGAAUUUGCAAUAAUUUGUUAUCUCAACAUUUCCAUUAAUAUGAACAGGCACAAUGAUAAAUAUAAUUUAUAAACACAUACACUUGUAUAUAGCUUUGGAAUGAAUAAAUACUGUUUAUACAAUGCAUACUUUGCUAGACAAUCCAUAUAUCAUACUUUAUGUAGUAUAUAAAUAAAUUAUAGGUUAUUUAAGUAAUGAUGUGUAACACGUAAUACCAGUACUAUGCAUACAAAGUUUUAUAACCAAUGAUUAUACCCAUCUGAUUAUAAUAUUUUAUUUAAUGAUGGGCAUCAAUUUAUUUAUUGAAGAAUUUGUUUACUUAAAAUAUUAAAACAUAAGUAGGUAGUACUAUUAUAAGUAUUUACACAUAGUUAUAAUAUUAAAUAUGUUUCAUUUAAAUUAAAUAAAUGCCAUUUAAAACAAAAUAUAAAUAUAUAUAUAUAUAUAUUAUGAUAUACUGAAUCAAGCAAAUAAGCAACCUGAAAAAAGAAAACAGUGUUUAAGUAAAUUUUAUUCAAAAUGUUUUAAGUUUAAUAAAGUACAUCCCAGGGAUGGAUAAUGUUGUACAAUGUAUGAAUAUGAAUGGAAAAUUAUUUUGUAGUUUAAAUAUGAAAUGUUUUUUAUACAUUAAAAUAAUAUAUUACAAUUAUAAUACCUACUUUAAUUGUAUUCUUGUUCAAAUAUAUUUUUAAUAUCCAUAGGACUAUGACCAAUCAUAGUCUUAAUAUCACCGGCAAAUUUAUAAAUAAAUUUUCCUUUAGCUUUUUCAAUUAUACCCUUUCCAUAAUGAUAUCUCAAUGCUGCAGCCAUCUUAUUGUAAUUCAUACGCCAAUUAUUUUUAAUCAAGCCCCACAUAAUAGAAACAGUAUUUGGUUUAAUUAUUUUAAAUGUUCCUUCGUUGUCCACCCAUUCAAUCAGAUUUUUAUAUUCAUUAUCUGUUAAUAAAUUAAGUAAAAAUUGCCAAAUUUCUAUAUGAUGAUUAAAAUCUGGAUUUGAAUAAAUUUGAUUUUUAUAUUUGAGUAAUAUAGGUAUAUCAAUACAUUCUUCAAUGUUAUAUUUAAUAUAUAUAAUAUGCAUAGUUUUAAGUAAACAGACAUGUGUCCAAAAAUCAUUAUUUAAUGACUUAUUUUCUAAACCAUCAAUAUUCCAACAAAAACUAUCUGAAGUCAACUGUUUGCCAUUUAGUAUAAACUGUUCCGUGUUUAUAUUGGUUAGGGUGUACAUAUUUUCCGCCCAUUUCAACCAUACAUAAACUUGUUCCUAAAUAAAACACAGCACUUUUAUAAUUUUAUACGAUAGAUUAUUUUAUUUUUAUAAUUUACAAACCAAUUUGUACUUAUAGAUUACUUAAUUUAAUUUGUUUAUACUCAAUACAUAUACAUACAUACAUAAAAAUACAAAAAUAUAUUUUGAUUUGAAGUAAUAAUAGAUGAAACCAAACUAACAAUGUAUUGAUUAUUAUACAAUUAUUAAAUGUAUUGAUACAUUUUUUAACAAACUUAAAAAUGAUUACAUAUUAAGAUAAAAGCAUGAUUAUUAUUAGUAUCCAUAUGUAAUAAUAUAUAAGUAUUAUAAGUAUGUAUUGUAUAAUAAUAUGUAGGAAAAAAUAUUAAAUAUUUAUGAAAUUGGAAUUUAACUUGAAUGUGCAUUAAAUUUGGAAUAAAGCAAUAUAAAGAAGAUUGAGAAAUGAUUAUUUGAAAUUUGAAUGUACGUGUCUUUUCUUUAUAAUAAUAUAACCUUAAAACUAAUUUGUAUAAAACCGCACCAUUAAGGAAAUCACUCGUAACUAAGUUCUUGAUAAAAAUGUAAAAAAAAUUGUCAAACGUUACAAAAUUGGAGACAAUUUAAAAACCCUUAAGUAGAAUUGCUUUUGUUUCGUCAUAAUCUUAAUAAUUGUAGCCUUACACAAAAAUUUAGUUUUUCUAAAAUUGAUUACUAGUUUAAGAUUAUUUUUAUGCAAAAUUAGUAGGUGUACAUUAAUAGUGCAUUUUUAAUUUUUAAAUAAUUCAAAUAUUUAGGAAAUCAAUUAAAUAUAAGUUUCAAUUGGUCAUCAAUCUUAAUACAUUUAAAAAAACUAUUAUUUUGAAAAGGUAAGCUUAUUUACUUGAUUCCAUUUACACGGAUCUUCGGGUAAUUUUAAUUUGUCAUAAAAUUGCUUGUCAAUAACCCAUUGGAAGCCAUUUUUAUCAAACACUUUGCAGUUUCCAUUGUCAAAUGUUCCGCAAUUUGUUCUCUUACCAAUUAUAAAAACUGUUUCAUACCACUCAGUCAACUCCAUCUAUAAAUGCUUUUAUUUUAAAAAUAAUAUAAUAUUUACUAUUAAAUUGUAUAGUAGAUACAGAUGGAUAUAAUACAUAGGAAAAUAAUAUUUGAUAAUGGUUAGUUGCACGAAAUGAUAGAAACCAAUAGUUCCCAGUCAACAUACGGAUCGUUUCGCUAAUUAACUCUUGCCAGAAUUUUAAUUGAAAAUAAACACAGAUUUGCUGUGAAAAACCAUGUCUAAUAAGUAAAAGGGGGAAAAGUGCAAUUAUUUACAAAAAUAUUUGAGAAACUAUUGAUUAUUUUUAAUUUGAUACAUGAUGUAUCUAUGUUAAAUGCAUUAGAUACUAUAGGAAUACAUAAAUAUAACAAUGUAUAGUUAUGUAGUUAUAUAGUAAAAUUAUGUAUUGUAUACAUGGUAAAUGGUAAAAAACAACAGAUUUUUAUUUUACAACAUAUUGAAAUUGAACUGUACACUAAAUUUUGUAUUUUAAAAAUUAAAAAAUUGCUUAAUAGUUAUAGCAUAAACUAUGCAAUAUUUGUGAUUUAAUAUUAUUAUUAAUAAUUGAAUAUUAAUAUAAAUGUUUAUAGAUCAAUAUUAUAGAUAAAAAUAAAAGUAAAAACAUAUUUGACAUUAAUCCUAAAUUUUGUAUGUUUACCUAUCACAGACUAAGAUAUAUCUUAGUACAUGGAUUGUGAUAUAUAUUAAUGAAAUUGAUAACUUACAUAUUAUACUUAUUCUAUACGUGUAUUAUAUUAUGUCAUUGUCAUUUGAUAGUAAAUUUCAUAUUUUCACAUUGUUUAAUUUUUAUUUCCCUGUAAAAUAUAAAUAAUUACAAAAUAUGAUUAGAUUAUUUGAGCUCUACAGGUAAAGUUUUAUUUAAAUAUUUGGAUUUACAUUAUUCAUUAAAUAAAACAUUCAAAGGUAGGUAGAAUUCUGAAAUAACAAUGUUCUUCAAAGUUGAACAUUAAAAUGAAAAGCAAUCGUUAUUUCAACCAUAAUUGAAGUACAGAUGGGACAUGAGACAAAAUAUGGAUUAAGAUAAUAUCUAAAAAAAGUAUCAGUAAUCGUAUGGCACAGGCCUAUGCAACUCACCAACCAAUUUAUAUUAACCAGUAAAUCAUUUUAUUGUCUGAUCCAUGACGAAUUAGAUGGGUAUAAUGGCAGUCUAAUUAGCAUAAACAUAACAGAAUAGACUGCGCUAAUAUUCGUCAUGGUCUGAUCCACAAUAUGCAUAGGAUACGCAACAAGUCCUUAUCUGUUAUCACUUUAUCAGUCGUUUUACGAAACGUUCUUGAUACGAUUGAAUGUGGCUGUGUUGUUUUAUGUACUUUAUUCUGAUGUAGUACGUUUAGAAAGAGUAUGUCUAUACGUAGGACCACGAAUUAAGAUUAAUUAAUUAAUUCGUGGGUGCUACAGGCUCGUCAUUUUAAUCACGUGAAUUUUCAAAAACUUUCAAGCUCGGCUUAUUGUGUUGUUUAAUAUACAGAAUAGGUCCUUCCCAAUUUCCAUAUACCUUAUACUUAUUAUAAGCUUUGAUUAAAUAUACAUAUAUAUGUAGGUUUUUUUUAUUAUUUUAAAUAUACAACUCAAUAUAAGAGAUACAAAAAAUUUAUUUUUUUGCUUUUUUAAUAAUUCAUAAUUCAAAAAACAGUGAUGCCAUCCUUCCAAAAUAGUCUAUCAAUUUCAUAAUAGGUACUUUUACUCUAAACUCAAAAUUAAGUUAGUUUUAUUCAUUUUGCGUAAGUAUUAUUUUUGUAUGUUACCCAGUAGUUUGACUGAGAUAGUAGAUGCAGGUAUAACGGCCUAUUAAUUUUCUUUAUGGGUGAUAUAAGUCGUACAACCAAAAAAAGUAUUUUAAAAAAUUGUUCCUGAUAGGACUACAGGCACACUCCUUGAAAUUUAGAACAAAAAAAUUAAAAUAACCCAUUUCAAGUACAACAACGUCAAAAACGUUCUUUUUCAAAGAUACAUAUUAGAAAAUUGAAAGUUAGCAAUAUAAUUUAAAAAAUUAAUUUAUAGGUGUUGGAUAGGCAAUUUAUUAAACUAGUAGCAGUACAAUAAUUACAGGAGUUGAGUAGGUAACAUUGUAUACAUAUUUGGGAACCACUGGGCUUUCUUAUCAAAUAUUGCUGGAGGAACAUUCGUAUAUUUUGUUUUUGUAUAGUAUGUAGUAUAUAAUAUGUUAUUUAACGUUUAAACGUAUUUUUUAUGCUUUAAAGUUUAAAUUUUUAUUUUUAGUCGCGAUCAUAUUUAAUUGAAAUGUCGGAUGACGAAGAUGGUGUACACAAGUUGCUAGGGUACAAUCAAACUGAAGGAGGUUUAAUUAUUAAAAAAAAACCAAAACCUACUGAUCAAUUUCAAUUUAAAAUACCUGACAUACCUAAGGGUUCACUACUUGGACUAGACAAGUUAGCUGGUAAGUUUUUUUGUAUAGUUACACAUUAGUUAAGAAAAGACUUCAUGAACUAUCUCUUUUAUUACCUCUGAACCAUAAUUACUUGUAGCGCAAAAACGGUUAGAUCGAGAGGAAUCUGGGAAUACCAAAUUAAAUUUGCAGUCUUAUGCAGACAAUGAUGACGAUAGACUGGAUGUUGAAGAAACAACUCCAAUAGAUGAUUUAAAAUACAAAAGCAAAAAUAGGUAUUUAUUAUUUAUUAUAAUAAUAAUUAGUCUUAAGGUAAACUAAAUUGUGUAUAACAAAUUUAAUUGUAUGGUUUAGACACUAUCGAUCUACUCAAGAAGAAACUCCAACACAUACAGGAGGGUUAUCAAAGCAAGCUAUAGAAAAACUGGAAAGAUUAAAAAGACCACACAACCGCGGUGUGCAUUAUUCUACUAAAGAUUCUAAAGAUAAGCGAAAAAGACAUCAUGAAAGGAGAAGUUGUAAGUAUAUGAAGUAUAGUUAAAAUUUAGUUACCAAUUAGUUUCAUUUUUAGCUGACAGAAAUGACAAAAGAAAUCGCCGUAAUGAACCAUAUCAAAGAUCAAGUAGAACACCAUCAAUUAGACGUAGGGAUGAACCUUUGACUCCUAAUGUCAGGAUUAGAGAUACACCAUCUAGGUUAGUAGCUUUUGUUAUAAAAAAAGAAUACGUACAGUUUUUAUUUGAAAACAAAUCUUCUAUUGUUAUGUAAAGUAAGCACCUAAUAUCUAAUACCUACUUAAUUUUGUUAGUUAUGUUUAUAUUUUAUACCAUUAGUUAUAGUUUAUAAUUAAUGUUUUAAAAUAUCUAUAAUUUUUGUUUAAAUUCAAAAAUCAGUAUAAUUGAAAGACUAUCUAAGAAAAAAUAAAAUAUUAUGAAACAGAAAAAGUUAUGAAUUUGGUAAAAAUAGUUUUUCACUGUUUCUUUCCUUGUUAUCGCCAUUUUAAAAUGAUGAAUGAUGUUACAAGUUCCAUUAAUUGGCCGCACACAAAUUUCAAUACUCACAUUUCUUUUAUGUUUCUUCAACUCUUUAUUCAUUUAUUUAUUAUUAUUAAUACGGGCAGAUUAAUUUAAUUUGAGAUUUAACCUAUAAUCUGCAAAAUAAAGAAGUUUGUAUUACAAAAGUUUGGAUAUUUUCUAUAAUCUAUUGUAAUCUAACACAACAUCUUAUUAGAGUUAUAAAUAUAAAAUGUAGAAAACAUUAAAUUUAUACAUCUUUUUGUAAAUUAACAGGUAACAAUGUUAUUCAUACCAGUACAUUUAGUUUUUUUUUUUUUUUUAUAAUAGUGUCUAAGUUGUUCAUACUUAUAUACUUAUAUAUAAUAAUUAUAUUUAUACAUGGUGGAAAAGUGAAACAGGCAAUUUUCAAAUAACUAUAAAAACCAUUUUUAUUUAUAUGACCUUAAUGCAUGUAAAGUAGAAUUCAAAAAGUAUUUGUUAAUUAUUUAAUUUUGGUAAAUAAUAUUCAUAAGAUAAUGUUCAUCUCCCUUCCCCAAAAAAAACAUCAAAAAUCGUUAAAUUGGUGAACAAGGAGCCAUGAUGAGAUAAUUUGCUUAAGUCUUGUUAAGACUUCUUAAGCUAUUUGACAAAAUGUUUACACAGGUUGUUGACUUGACACAACCAUAGGAGUACUUUGAUUUCCUAUCACAAGGAUACGUUCCUUAAUUACUUUGAAGAAGUAAAAUCGAAGUCUAAUCAAACUGUGUCUGAUGUUUUACAGCGAAUGCACAUUUUGCGCUAUCUAACGAUUUAUAUGAUUAUCAAUUUCUUAAGUAUAAAGAACAAGAACAUAACUUAAACAUUGGGAAUACACCUGCAUAAAUUAUAGUGCCACCAAUAGUUAUUUUUAAAUUGCACGUUUCAGGACACCAUCCUGCACCUUUAAAAGUAGUAAUUUGAACUAUUAAUAUUAUAAUAAUUAUUACAGACAAGCUUUAUUUAAAGUAUGAUGUAUGAUAUAAAAUCAACAAUUGUUUUUUUUUUUUUAAUAUUAAUUGUUUUUUUUCCCUCUAGAACUACUUGGGAUGAAGAUGACCACAUGUCCUCAUAUAAAUCAUCUACAUGGGAUAUGCCUACACCAAAAAGAAGUAUUGAUGAUGAUCCAACUAGAACUCCUAGAUUUACACCAGCUUACAAAUAUAAUAAAUGGGAUAGUAAUCGUGCAUCUGGAGCUACGCCUAAACCAGGAAAAGGUAAAAUAAAUAAUAAAUAAAGUAUAAUAAAUGAUAAUUAAUGUUCAAAUGAGGAAUUUUAUUAUUAUUAUUCAUACUGUUAUUGAUGUUAGUGUCUCCCUCCCAUUAUAUUCAUUUAUUUUAUAGGUUAAACAAAAAAUUACAUUAUUAUACAUUAUAUAUAUUAUGUGCUAUUUAUUAAAUAUUGAUUAACACAAAUAUAAAAUAUUGUAAUGUAAUUCAAAUAUUUUUUCCCAUUAUUUUGUUACUUUACAAAACUAAAAACACUUUAGAUUUUAAGUGGGUCGAGAAAUGUAUUGGUUUUACAAUGAUGUUUAUUUUUUUUCUACUAAAAAUUUCGCUCUGAUUUUCUAUGAUAACACUUUUUCUGAAAGGAAAUCUAACUGGGAUGGUAUUUUAAAGAGGUAAUUUUUUUGAUUUUCCCAGCUAUUUUUAUAAUGAAUGAGAAAAAAACGAGAAAACAUGUACAAUAUUAAAGAAAAUGAUAAUUAUGAAUAUAUAAUUAUUUUACCAUAAUAUAUUGUUGACAAAGCAAUUCUAACAAUUGAACUCUGCUCAAAAUCGUUUUUCAUUUUCAAUAGUUAAUCGUUGCACAUGUGUAUACAUUCAAUUUCCCAUCUACCAUUCCAACUUUUCACCUAAAACAGUGGCCCACCCCCAUGCGAAAUAUGUUGCAUCUUUUUUCUGUCUUUUGAAGCUAAAUCAACUGUAUAUGUUACAUUCAGAGCAUAAAACCAUGAAUUCAGUCAAAUUUUCUUGAGAAUUAUUUUUCCUACACUUUUUUUUACAAGCUAAUUAAAUAAGCUUGUAGAAAAUGCUCUUCAACAAAUAAAUUUAUAAUGGAAAUAGUUAAAGAUAUAUUAAUAGUGUUAUUUACAUUAUCAACAGCUUCUAAAUAUCUAGCAAACUUAUAUCUCAUUUACUUACAUUUUUACUUCUUAAGAAAGUUUACUUAGUGUCAAAUUAGUGCAAGUGAAAUUAAUAUCUUUUUUAUUAGAAAAAAUUUAAUGUUAAGACUUGCGGAUUUUCUCCUCUUUUACAACAUGUAAUUCAUAAUUAAAAAUUUGUAAUUUUCAAUUUGUAUAUCUAAUUGUGAACAAAAUAUAUCUAUGAAAAUAUUAUUGUUUCCACUAUAAGCUUGCCAAAACCACUUUAAAAAUUAUGACCAGAACUGAAGCAGCGGUUCUCAACCUUUUCAUAUUUGCUUACCAUUUGCGUAUUUUAAAAUUUUUCACGUACCUCUUGACACAGUUAUUAUUUUGUUUUAUUUUUCAAAAAAGCAAAUAUUUUAAAUGUAAAAAAUAAUAAAAAGUUAUUUUAAAUGUAUGGACUUUUUAUUAUUAAAUUUACAUAAUUUUAAGCAUUUAAUACACUAUAGUAAAAUUAAAUAUGUCAAGUUAUUUUGAUUAUUAUUUAUGGAUUAAUGUAGAACUACAUUAUAACUAAUAACUUUUUUUUUCCAAAAAACCUUAAUUCCAAAAUUCAUCAUUGUUUUCCAUAAUUUUAUUCAGUAUGCUUGUUUAGAGUCUAUAAAUACUGAAUAGAAAUUGUUUUUAUAUUCAGAAUAUAUUUUUACUAUUUGGUGGAUUGUGUGUAUAUGGUUAAUAGUCGAUUUUCCUUUUCUAAACCCACAUUGAUAUUCCUCUACUUAAAUUGAUACAUAAGGGUUUAGUCGUUCCAUUAUGAGUGUUGUCAAUAUUUAUCCUGCAUUUAAUAGAUAUAAUUCCUCUGUAGUUUCCAGUUAUCAUUGAAUCUCCUUUUUUUAUAUAUUGGAUAAAGGAUAGCUGUGUUCCAUUCUUCUGGGAUGGUUUCCGUUUUCCAGUUUUACAUAAUCCACCAUAUGUUUUCCUUCAUAUUUCAGCAGUUAUGCUGUUAUCUGGUUUUCUUUUGAGAUAUAUUGUUUCUCAGAAAGUUAAUUAGCUUUUCUUUUUCUCCUUGGAAAAUUAUUUUUUCUAAGGCUCUAUUAUUUUAGAUUCCGCAGUAUAUAUUAUGUUUUUUCUCUCGUUUGAUGUACUAUCAGAUCAGUUCUAGAGGUUUUCAAAUGGAUUUUAAACAUCUCUGCUAUUUCUUUUUUUGUUUGUUAUAAGCUUCUUAUUACUGUUUACAAGUUACAACCAUAUUGGUCUAUGGUUUCAAAUCUUGUUUGAAUAUACAUACAUUUAUAAUACUUUAAAUUAAAAUUAUUAUACUAAAUGUGCAACUUUAAUCUUAAGUUAAUAUAAAUUGUAUAAUUAAUGGUAUUACAGAAAAUGAUCUAUUAUGGGCUAGUGAAACAGAUCGUGAUGAAUGGGAAGAAGCCCAAAAUAGAUUAGAUAGGCAAUGGUAUAAUUUAGAUGAAGGUGUUGAUGAAACCAAUAAUCCAUUUAGUGAUGUUAGUGAAUCUUAUGCCAAAAAAAAAGAACAGCAGUUGGCUCAAAGUAAAAAGAAACGCAUGUCUGCUCAACAAAGGCAAAUUAAUAAAGUAUGUAAAUAUUGUAUAAUUGGCAUUAUUUAGUAAAUAUUUAAUAGUUUAAUACUAAUUGUCCAUUACUUAUAAUAGGACAACGAGUUGUGGGAGCGUAAUCGUAUGUUAACUAGCGGCGUAGUAGUAUCUGUUGACUUAGAUGAAGAUUUUGAUGAAGACAAUGAAGCCCGAGUACAUCUGUUGGUGCAUAAUAUUGUACCUCCAUUUUUGGAUGGGCGUAUUGUUUUUACAAAACAACCAGAGCCUGUUAUCCCAGUUAAGGAUCCAACUUCCGAUAUAGCAAUGGUUGCCAGGAAAGGUUCUAUGCUAGUUCGAACUUUUCGAGAACAAAAAGAACGGAAACGAGCACAAAAAAAACACUGGGAGGUAGCCGGUACAGCUAUAGGAAAUAUUAUGGGAGUAAAAAAGAAAGAAGACGAAAAAGAUGAAAGAAUAGAUGAAGAAGGAGAGACUGAUUAUAAAACUGAUCAGCAAUUUGCUGAGCAUAUUAAAAAUACACCUGAAGCUAGUAGUGAUUUUGCUAGAAAGAAGACUUAUGCGCAGCAGCGGCAAUAUUUACCAGUGUUUGCUGCUAGACAAGAACUCUUAAAUGUCAUUCGAGAGAAUAACAUUGUGAUUGUCAUUGGAGAAACAGGUAGUGGUAAGACUACUCAACUUACACAAUACCUUCAUGAAGAAGGAUACAGCAAGUUUGGUAUGAUUGGAUGUACACAACCAAGAAGAGUUGCUGCUAUGUCAGUUGCUAAACGUGUCUCAGAUGAAAUGAACACCAAGCUCGGUGAAGAUGUGGGAUAUGCUAUACGUUUUGAAGAUUGUACUUCUGAUGUUAGUUAAACAUAAUUACAAUGAAAUUCUAUAUAUUGGACAGCUAUGGGGAAUAAAAAACUUUUUACUAUAAGAAGUUGUUAACUAUUGAGAAAACCACUACAUAGUAGACAUUUACAAGAUAUUACUAAAUGCCAACUAUAUAAAAGAUAACUAUAGUAUUUUUAUUACUUAAACAUGUUCGAUAUUUACAAGUAUUGUGUCCAUUUAUGAGACGUAAUUUUUAAUUUUGGUAUCAGUUUUUAGUGUCUAAGACUACUAUUAGGAGUUUCCAGUGUACAUUAUUAAGAGGUUAUAACUUAUUAUGUACAUACAUUUUUGCCGUAGAAUUUAAAAGUAUCCACUAUCAGGAAGGGUCCGCUAUUGAGAAGUGUCCAUUAAUAGAGGUUUCACUGUGUUUUAUUUUCAUUUUAUUAUUGUUAUUAUUAUUUUAAUAUUUCUCAUGUCAAUUACAUAUUUAUAGAAAACUGUGAUCAAAUACAUGACUGAUGGUAUUUUACUUAGAGAAUCAUUAAGAGACCCAGAUUUAGAUAACUACAGUGCUGUUAUUAUGGAUGAAGCUCACGAGAGGUCAUUGAACACUGAUGUUCUUUUUGGUCUUCUAAGAGAGGUAAAAAUAUAAUUAAUUUUAAAAAAUUACUUAUUGUUGAAACCUGUGUGAAUUGCAUAUUUUUAUAUUUGAAGUACUAGUUGCAACAAGAUAAAUUCAUUUUUUGAAAUUUUAUUAACUGCUUAAUUAUCUGUUGAGAAUGAAAAACCAUCUAUCCAUGGGACUUGUCUGUUUUUUGUUCAAAAUUUGAUUGAACCAGAUCAGUCCUUAUAACUUUUUUUUUUUUGUGUGUGUGUAUAGUAGAUGAAUUUAUAUUACUUAACUCUAAAUUAUAUAGCAUAUAUCUACUCAUAACUAUCAGUAAUUUUGCACUUGUCUUUUUAUUAUAGUAUGUAAUAUUAUUAAUUAAUGUUUACUAGGUAGUUACUAGACGUACAGAUCUCAAAUUGAUAGUAACAUCAGCUACUAUGGAUGCUACCAAGUUUUCUCUAUUUUUUGGGAAUGUUCCGACAUUUAACAUUCCUGGCCGAACUUUUCCUGUGGAAGUAAUGUUCAGUAAAAAUCCAUGUGAAGACUACGUUGAAGCUGCUGUAAAACAAGCAUUGCAAAUACAUUUACAACCUCACGAGGGUAAGCAUUGUUUUUAUUUCUUAUGAAUUACCAUAAAUUAUUAUAUUAAAAAAUCAGCAAUUAUCAAUAUUAUUUUUUUUUUAUUUUUUUUUUUCAGGAGAUAUACUAAUUUUCAUGCCUGGACAAGAGGACAUUGAAGUUACAUGUGAAACGCUAGCGGAGAGACUAAAUGAAAUAGCUGAUGCCCCACAACUAUUAGUGCUUCCAAUUUAUUCACAAUUACCAUCAGAUUUACAAGCUAAAAUAUUUCAAAAAUCUAGUGACGGAUUAAGGAAAUGUGUUGUUGCUACAAAUAUUGCAGAAACAUCAUUAACAGGUAAAUAGUAUUAUCAAUUUUAUGACUUGUAUAGUUUAUCCAACUACACAAAUUAUAACCUUCAUUAGAUAUUUAGAUGAAAUUAAAUACUAUAUUAUGUAUUUAAUAUAUUAAUUAUUAUAUUCGUGUUUCAGUUGACGGUAUAAAAUUUGUUGUUGAUUCUGGUUAUUGUAAAAUGAAAGUUUAUAAUCCACGAAUUGGUAUGGAUGCAUUACAAAUUUAUCCCAUAAGUCAAGCCAAUGCAAAUCAAAGAAGUGGCAGAGCGGGUCGAACAGGUCCCGGUCAGUGUUUCAGGUAUAAUUAUUUUAUUUUAAAUUAUCAUCUAUAUGUUCCAGGCUAGAGUAAAAUAUGUACUAAAUUUUUAAACAAAUUCAAGAUUAUACACAGAAAGGCAAUAUAAAGAUGAUUUACUUAUGGGCACUGUUCCGGAAAUUCAAAGAACAAAUCUAGCCAACACUGUGUUGCUAUUGAAAUCAUUAGGAGUACAGGAUUUACUCCAGUUCCAUUUUAUGGACCCUCCCCCACAAGUAAUAUUUGUUUCCAAUGAAUAAAAACUAAACUUACAUUUAUAUAUGUUUAUUUAGGAUAAUAUUUUAAAUUCUCUUUAUCAACUAUGGGUGCUUGGUGCUUUAGACAACACUGGAGAAUUGACUUCACUGGGGCGUCAAAUGGCAGAAUUUCCAUUAGAUCCGCCUCAAUGUAAAAUGUUGAUAGUUUCAUCUGCUAUGAAUUGUACAGCUGAUGUGCUCAUUAUUGGUAAUGGAAUAAUUAUAUUUAUAAAAUGUGUUGAAUACUUAUAGACAAUUUGUUUUUCAUAGUUUCUAUGUUAUCUGUACCAUCUAUUUUCUACCGUCCUAAAGGUCGGGAAGAAGAUUCUGAUAGUGUUCGGGAAAAAUUUCAAGUACCUGAAUCUGAUCAUUUGACAAUGUUGAAUGUUUAUAAUCAGUGGAAACAAAAUAAGUUAGUGAUUAUAUUUUGUUUAUAAAUAAUACAAUUGUUGACAUAUUUAUAUUAAAAAAAUGUUUAAAACAAUUAUUACGUAACAGUUAUUCAGCAUCAUGGUGUAAUGAACAUUUCAUUCACGUAAAAGCUAUGCGUAAAGUGCGCGAAGUAAGGCAGCAACUUAAAGACAUAAUGGUCCAACAAAAAAUAGAAAUUAUAUCUUGUGGUACAGAUUGGGAUAUUAUACGAAAAUGCAUAUGUUCAGGUAUGUGAAUAAACAUCAUGGUUUUCAUUUUUAUCUUAUUCGUUUUGUUUUUUAGCUUACUUCCACCAGGCCGCUAGAUUAAAAGGUAUUGGUGAAUAUGUAAAUUGUCGAACAGGUAUGCCAUGCCAUUUGCAUCCUACAUCAGCUUUAUUUGGCAUGGGUUUCACACCUGAUUAUGUUGUAUAUCAUGAGCUUAUAAUGACUUCAAAGGUAAAUAGAAAUACACUUAUUGCAUUAAAAAUGUUAAAAAUAAAUUUAUUACAAUAAAAUAAAUAACAAUCAUAAAAAAUAUUUAUUUAAUUUACCAAACCUCAGUCAUAGCUCAUUAAGGAAUUUUUAAAAAUAUCUAAUGUUUCUGGUUAAUUAGACUGUUAGAAAUUAUAGGCUUUGAUCAUAAAUGUAUAGCACUCAUUUUAGAUUUUAAUGUCCGUAUACAUAGUUGGUUUAUGGGCCACAUAAGAAAUAAUUAUGUAAUACGUAAAUAAUUUUUUAAAUUUUAUUUAUGCACUCAAAUUCUAUAACUUAUGGAAUGAAUUACGUGCUUAUUUUAUAGAUAAUAAUAUUGAUAAAGUAGGUAGGUGCCUGAAUAAUAUGAAAACUAUGGCUAAAUAUAUAGGUAUGAUCACAACUUUGUGAUACACAGAUACAAUGGCCGCCACUGGUAGUGAUUCCCGUUUUAUUUCAAUCUAACUGGUAAUAAAUAUCACUGCCAGCUGAGUUUACUCUCCAUGAAAAGCUAUGGAAUAAACAGUUGUGAUCAUACCUAAAUAUUUAACCAACAAGAUAGAUUGUGUAAAACAAAUCAUUGGUUAUAUUUUGGAAUUUAUGGAUGACUAAGCAAUUCAGAUUCCAAGAAAAUAUUUUGGGAUUUUAAAUUUCAUCUAAUUAUAAAAAAAACUGUUAUAUAAACUGAUAAAUUGAAGUUAAUAUUGCAUCAAUCUGACUUAAAACUGAUAACAACAUUUACCUAACUUUAUACCAAGGCGCUUAUAAUACGUAUUAUAAGCAUCUUAUUUAAUUAUAAAAUAUUCUUAUCUUGUACACUUUUAAAUUACUAUUACUAAGAAGUCUAUUAUUAAGUUUUCAGUUACUGUUUCCCAAGUAGCACAUUCUUCUUUAUUUGGAAAUGCAUAAGUUUUUUAUUUUCUAUAAGGUUCUUUCCUUUUGAUAUGCAAUGCAAAAGAAUACUUUUUUCUUUAUUUGAAAAAUUUGCUUACAUAUUUGUUCAUUAAUCAUUUCAGUUAAGUUUUGUACAAUUAUAAACCAAAAAAUAAUUGUACAUAAAUAUAAAUUAAAAAGCACAUGAGUUCAAAGGUAUAUUUAAAUAUCUUAUACUACAACUGUUUCUAUUUAUUAUCACUUUUGUUUUUUUCUUUUUCUUGUAAUUCUGCGUAAAAUAAUCAUAGGUUUAAAUUUGCUUUCUAUUUCAUCUUCCCAAACCCUUCCCAGAUAUGGUAACAUUUUCAAAACUGUCAAUUGUUAAAAUUCAUUUAAAAUUUUUGAAUGUAAAGAUUUUAAACUUAUAUCUGUACCCAAUGAUGAAUUAAUGCUAAUUAAGUACAAUUUAGAGUAAAAUUUGUUUUAAUAUGUUUUAACUCGUUGACUAUGUACCAACACUAAUUAUUGUGCAUUAUACACUUAAUGAUAUUUAAUUAUUAGUUACCAUUAUUAAAAAUAUGAGAAUUAAAGUUGUGUAUACACUAGUGAGAACUGCAUAAAGACAUAUGUAGUCAAUCUGUUAAAAUGCCUUGAUUUUCAAGAUUUUGUCAAAAUUAAACUUUUAAAAAAAAAAUUAAUACUGCUGAAUGUUGACUGCUUAUAAAUAACAAAAAAAAAAAGAUUACAUUACACUAGACUAUUUUUGUAACAUUAGAAAAAAGAAAUAUAUAAUUAACCAGUGUUAAAUUUUCAAACAUAUAACUUGGCCAAAAACUUAUAUUCACAUAAAUGAAAAAUAUUGCGAUCAUUUUAUGAUUUUCAUCAAAAUUUUUCACUUUUAAAGGGUAUUAAAAAGAAAAACUACAUUACGCUCAAAUUUUACCUAUUAAGUAUUUCACAUAAAAUCUAAAAAAAAUUAAAAUUAAAAUUAUCAAAUGCCUAAAAAUAUCUCCAGAAUGUAUUGAACAUUUUACAUAUUAUAUGCUAUAUAAUAUAUGUUUAUAUGUAUGUAUUUUUUUAUCUAUUUUAGCAAUAAUUUUAUCACUGUGUACAGUUAUGAUGUUUUUUAAAUAUUAUUUUGAUUAUAUUUCCAACUUGCCACUUACAGCAGUGGCACGCCCGUCAGCAUUUUCGGUUCUUUUUUUUUUAAGCAGCCAAACUGUAUUUUAUUUUAAUAUAUUUUAAAACCAAAUAAUUUUAUGUUUACUGAUAUAUUAUUUGUGAAAAAUGGGUUAAAGUUUCCUUAAUUUUUAUUUAAUAGGAAUACAUGCAAACUGUGACUGCUGUAGAUGGUCACUGGUUAGCUGAAUUGGGUCCAAUGUUCUUCACUGUGAAAGAGACUGGAAAAUCUGGGUCAGCUAAACGCCAGACCAUGGAAACUUUACAGGAAAUGGAAGGUUCCAUGAGAAUAGCACAAGAAGAGAUGAAAGCACGAAAGCUUGAGGAGGAACGUAAACAAUUGGCAAGCAUCAGAAAGUAAAUAUUUUAUUUUUUUAGAAAAUUAAUGAAUCAAAACAUUUUGUUAUAUUUGGUAAUUGAAAUAAUAAUAUAAUUUAGAGUUGAAAUCAUUACUCCGGGUAAAUGGGAACCUGGUACUCCAACACUUCGUCGGAAACAAGGAAAUUUGGGCUUAUAAUUUUGUUCAAAUGUUUAAGUCAGACUUCAACAGUGAUGUGAUGAGAAAACUAUUAUAAUAUAAUAAUAUUUGAACCAAAAAUGUACAAGUGUUUUGAGUAUGUAUUAAUACAAUGAACAUACUAUAUUUUAUAAAUUAUACACUAUUUAAAAUUGAUAUUAAAGCUAUUUCCAUUGUUUUUGCUACAAAUAUUUUUUUAUUUUUCAAAUAAAGCUAUUUUUAAAAUACAAGUGUACAAAUUGAAAAAUGACAAUACUAAAAAUAUAUUAUAUUAU